CUUGCUGUACACCUCUUUAGUCAUUUAUCGUCACUGACGAGGGCAAGUACUGCUAUUCUUUUUAGAUACGGCAUAUUCCAAGUAUUUGUCCAGAUAUUUGCCCAGGUAUUUUUCUAGGUCUUUGCCCACGUCUUUACUUACUUACUUACUUACAUAUGUCUUUCUACCCUGUCUGGGGCAUAGGCCGUCUACAAGAAUUUUCCACUCAUAACGGUCAUGUGCUUUCCUUUCCAAUUGCUUCCAGGUGUAUCCCAUAUUUUGCGUGUCUGCCUCUAGCUCUCAUCUCCAUGUAUUCUUAGGCCUUCCUCUCUUUCUUUUUCCUUGUGGGUUCCAUGUUAGGCAUUGUCUGGUGGUGCUAUCUGGGGGUUUUCGGAGUGUGUGCCCUAUCCACCUCCAUCCUCGAUGGGCACCUGGCAUGUCCUUUCUAGUAGAUCUUUGUUGGUGAUAGUAUUUGGCCAUUUGAUUUUCAGAAACUUUCUAAGGCAUGUGUUCAUGAAUGUCUGUACUUUCUGCAUAAGGCUCACUGUGGUUUUCCAAGACUCUGCACCAUAUAGUAGGACAGUUUUGACAUUGGUAUUAAAGAUUCUGACUUUGGUUUACAGCUUCAGCUCCUUUGACUCCCAUAUUUUCUUUAAUAGUACAAAUGCUGAUCUAACUUUUCCAAUUCUGGCCCUUACGUCCGCAUCGGAUCCGCCAUUUUUGUCUAUGGUGCUGCCUAAACAAUUGAAGGACUCCAGAUCUUCCAAUGCCUUUCCUGCCAGACAAAUAUGCUCUUGGUUGGAUGAAUUAACCUUCAUGAUUUUUGUCUUGCUUUUAUUUAUAUUGAUUCCAAGCUGUGCUGAACUGGUGGCUACGUCUUUUGUAUUUUCCUGCAUUUGUUGCUGGUUGUGGGACAGAAGUGCAAUGUCGUCUGCAAAGUCUAAAUCAUGCAGUUGGUUCCAGAGUGUCAACUGUAUCCCAUUCCUCUUUUUGUCUGUGGAUUAUUUCAUUAUCCAGUCAAUGGCAAGGAUGAAUAGAAAUGGGAACAAGAGGCAUCCUUGUCUGACUCCUGUUUCGACUGUAAAGGAAUCUGUGAGUCUACCUUCGAGGGCCACUCUGCAUGUCAUUUCUUCAUAAGAACUCUGAAUGAUCCUGACUAGUUUCCCUGGUACUCCAUAGUGCCGAAGAAGUUUCCAUGAGGUUUGCCGGUCCAGGUUAUCAAAGGCCUUUUCGUAGUCUAUAAAAUUUAUAUACAGUUAGCAGUUCCAUUCGAUGGACUGUUCUACAAUGAUUUUUAGUGUUGCAAUUUGAUCUGUGCAUGAUCGGUUUUGGCGGAAGCCAACCUGUUGAUCUCGUAGCUGCAUAUCGACCUCGUCUCUCAUUCUAUUCAAAUUAAUUAUGUUAAAGACCUUUCCUGGUACAGACAGCAGUGUGAUUCCUCUGUAAUUUGCACAGUUGCUGAGAUCCCCUUUCUUUGGUAUCUUGAUGAGGGAUCCUUCUUUCCAAUCUUUUGGAACUCUCUCUUCUUCCCAUAUCUUUUCAAACAGAGGGUGCAGCAUGUUGACUAUUGUAUCUAUGUCAGCUCUCAUCAUCUCUGCUGUGAUGUUGUCCGGUCCCGGUGCUUUCCCUAUUUUGAGCGGCUUGAUGGCCAGAGCUAUUUCUUCCUUAUUUGGUGCGCUUUCUUCUAUUUUUAGGUCUUCAUUUGCUGGUUGUAUGUCUGUUGCAUCUGUGGUUGUGGGUCUGUUUAGUAGUUCCUUAAAGUAUUCCACCCAUCUAUUUUGUUGCUCCUUCCUUUCUGUUAUUGGCCUACCUUCUCUAUCUUUGACAGGUCUCUCCGGCCUUUUGUAUCUCCCUAACAUCUUUCUUAUUAUGUCGUAGAGCUCUGUCAAGUUGCCCUUCCAGGCUGCUUCUUCUGCUGUUGAUGCUAGGCCAUCUAUGUAGGCAUUUUUUUUAUUUUUAAUGCUGUUUUUUACCUUUUGGUUUGCUUCUUUAUAUUUCUCUUGCGCUUUCGUUUUCUCCGCCUUGGUCCGGCUGCUGUUUACUAGGCUUUUCAUUUCCUUUCUCUCUUUUAUAGUUUGCAGUGCGUUAUGUGAGAGCCAGUCUUUGUGUUUCUGCUUCACUUGUCCUAAAACUUCUUGGCAAGUGGAUGUUACAGACAUCUUUAUAUUUUGCAGUGCGUUAUGUGAGAGCCAGUCUUUGUGUUUCUGCUUCACUUGUCCUAAAACUUCUUGGCAAGUGGAUAUUACAGACAUCUUUAUAUUUUGCAGUGCGUUAUGUGAGAGCCAUUCUUUGUGUUUCUGCUUCACUUGUCCUAAAACUUCUUGGCAAGUGGAUAUUACAGACAUCUUUAUAUUAUGCCAUUUGUGUUCUACUUGGUCAUCUUCUGUUUGGUCUUCCAGUGCUUGGAAGUUAUUCCUUAAGGUAGCACUGAAUUUCUCUCUUUUGUGCUCAUGUGCCAGACGUGCUACAUUGAAUUUGGUUCGCUUAGCAGUGUGCUGUUCCCAGUUCUUCUUCAACUUUAACUUGAUUCUCGCCCAAACAAGAUGAUGAUCGGAUGCGACAUCUGCUCCUCUUUUUGCUCGUACAUCUUGUAGAGACUCUAAACUUUUUACUGAUACACAUGUGAUCUAUCUGGUUUUCCGUUUCGUUGUCUGGGGAUACCUAUGUUAUCUUGUGGAUAUUUUUAUAUUGAAAUUCGCUUCCUCCAAUAACGAGCUCAUUUGAGCGCGGAAGUCUGCUAGUAUUUCUCCGUUCUCAUUCCUCUCUCCUACCCCGUGGCGUCCCAUGAUUUCCUCUUAUCCACUGUUGUCUUUCCCAAUCUUGGCGUUAAGGUUUCCCAUUAAGAUGUUCAGGUCUCUAUUUGGGAAUUUUUCCCUUAUUGCGUGUAGUAUAUUGUAGAAUGUUUCUUUCUCUUCUUCUUUGCUAUCGUUGGUGGGUGCGUAACACUGUAUUAUGUUCAUCCUUAUUUUCUUUUUCUUGGUUCGGAAGGUUGCUGAUAUUAUUCUUGAUCCAUGGGCUUCCCAACCAAUCAAUGCAUCCUGUGCCUUCCUUGACAACAUCAAAGCGACUCCUUGCGUGCGCUGUGCAUUAUCCUCCUCAUGCCCCGAGUACAUUAGCAUUUCCCCAGAGGCCCAAGUUGUUUGUCCAGCUUGUAUUCAUCUUUUUUCACAGAUGCAAGCAGUGUAAGUUUGUAAGAUCAUAUUUCUGCGGCCACCUGCGCUGCUUUCCCUGUUUCAUACAUGGUUCUGACGUUCCACGUGCCUAUGUCUGUUUCAUUAGAAAGGAUGAUGUUUGGCUUGGGGCUUCCAGGAUAGCCUGGGUUUGGCCACAAGGCUUCAUAGCUCUUCUUGGAGAAGAAGAGUCCUCUCUUCUCAGGGCUGAAAUUUAUUGAUUUUUUCUUGAUGGCGUUUUGUCAAGGUCUUUGUCCAGGACUUUUUCCAUGUCUUUAUCCAGGUACUUGUCCAGGUAUUUGUCCAGGUAUUUGUCCAAUAAUUUGUUCAGGUCUUUGUCCAGGAAUUUGUCCAGGUAUUUGUCAACAUCCAUUAUGUUCUGUUCAAUUUUCUGACUGCUGUUUAGCGUUAGAAUAAUUUUAUUUACAUGUCAGGGUCUUUUCUCUGCACACAACCGUCUUGUGGAGCUCAUGGGUGAUGAAAAAUGCCCCUUACAGCUCUCGGCGUAUCUGCCUUUGUUUUCGGUACAGGUAACUCAUGUCCCUAACUUUUGGUUACUUUGUAGCGACUGCAGUCGAUGACGUGGUCCAUCCUGGUCAUUUACUUCUAAUGUAAACUUAAUACAUGGGGGCGUUUGUUCUCAUAUCAGCCACCUGGGAUGGCGCCCGAUGAGAGAGAAGCUCCUCAUUACGUAAGAUAAUAACAACCUUGAAAGAUCGAAUGUUUUCUUUAACUUACAACAAAUCUAGGUAACAAAAACUACAUCAUUAUGCAACCAUUUGAUCACUCCAAGAAUCACGCAGAGAUCUAUUUCAUUAUUGCAUGGCUAGUCCAUUUUCUUGGUGUAAGAUCACAGGUCCUGAUAGGUUUUACCCGCUUCCAUGGUUAUUGUGGUUGACUUUUUUGUUUGCUGUAAAUUAAUAUGAAGGAAACUCGUUCCAUUUACGUUGAAAAAUUUAGAUAGAAGACUGAGAUGGAGAAACAAGUAUAUUGAUUGGUUUACGAAUGGACAAAUAGGCCUACUUUAGAAAAAAAUAUAAAGUUACAGACAAAUAGAUAGACGGACGAUGUAUAGAUGAAUGGAUGGUUGGAUAAAUUGAUUACUAAAUGGGUGGAUGGUGGUUAAGGUUUAUAGCAGGUUUGAGGCCAUUAUCACAUACCGACAUAAUGGUGCUAUACACAGCAUUGAACAAAUAUUUCAAAUGUUUCUUCUCACCGUUUUCUGGCUCUGUUUCAGUGAACAUCCAGGAAUGUUUAAGAUGACGCUUUUUUACAUGACAGUGGCCGUCUCUUCCCUCUUUGGGGUCAAAGGUCAAAGUAUUAGUGACCCUACAGAGUUUCAGGCCUUUCUGGACAACUUCAACAGACAGGCACAGGUUGUCACCUCCAGAGAAGCAGAAGUUGCUUGGACCUACAACACGAACAUGACAGAUUACAAUCUGAAGAUCUUGGUAAGUCUCAAACAACUUUAGUUACCAAGUCUAAAAGUGUAUUAUGUCAAGUAAAUCUCGUAAUUGUUUGUUUAGUCUACAGUCGUCCCUCUGCAACCUCGUGCUUUGACUUUCGCGGCUUCAGACUGUCGCAGUUUCUAUCCAACACAGCACGUUUGAUUCCUUUGAAAGUUGAUCGAGACGUUGAAAAGGAUGUACCGCGCACUCUUUUACGUGAUUCGGUUAUACAACCUGUAGUACAAUUAAAAUGUAAAUUAUUGUACGUAUGGACAGUAGGCCUAUGUAUUCGAGCACCCGCAGUGGGUCUAAUGAUGUUAAAACCCCGUAUUUAGAGGGUCGGGAACAGUUUAGCCUUUGUUCAUUUACUGAUAUAACUGUUACAGUCAUUACGUUGUUUUUACCACAGCGGAAACCGCAAUGACAAUCAGUUACUGGGUUAACUAUUGUAAGGAAACCUUGCUUGCUCUCUGCUAACCUUCUUCUAUAUCUGGCAUUCACUAAGGAAACAACUCAGGCGAUAACAUCUGAUGAUUAUAAUAUUGUUCUUUAUUAGGCUGACACUUCGCUUAUACUUUCUCUCAUCUCACAACUCUGACUGCCCUCUUCCUCUACCGUCAGAGUUCUCCCUGACUCUGCUUCUCUGUCCCGGCCGCCUUCUGUCUCGUCCCGUCCAGAGGUCCCUAUUUAUAAUUCCCUGGUUCAGAGAGUUCCCUUCCCAGGUCUGUACUCGCGCCGCCCCUUUUCCUCAAUUGGCGCCAACCAGUCUUCCCAGGGAAAUGCCCUGGUCAGAUGGCCGGUACCGCCCCCAGCGCUUGAUCCGUCGAUCGUGAUCCCUUGUCAGAUGGCGCCGGCUGUACCUGGUCAGACGGCCGGUAAUCCCUGGUCAGACGCCGCCGGCGUCGUCGUGGUCCGAACUCUCCACACUAUUAAUAAUUAUUUCUAACAACUGUAAUAUUACGAAGUCCAAAAAUUCCAAUAUCAAUAUCCUAUAUAUUGUAUACUAGAAUAAAUGAUCCUAUGUUAUUGGGAUAAUAAUGGUAGGUCCUUUGCGAUAGUUUCUACCUGCUAUUGCAAAGCAUCAUCACACUUCCUAACUUUAAAAAGAAGUACCUGUGUAAUUAUAAUUACGUUUCUAACAUCAUUAAGUUUUGAGAGGCAUUUAUCUGCCACCAAUAAUACGCUUACCUUACUCCCUUUCAGGCCCCUAAUCUACAUGUUCCCCUCUAAACAUCACCUUAAAAUACCCAAUCUAAAUUAGCACUAAAUAUAUCACUUUUUUCACUAAAGAAGUUAAUUGAGGGAUGAUUUCUACGCUAGAGAAUUACUUUAGAUUUUUCUCUUUUCGUGCCCUUGAAUUCAAACUUUCUUUCUCUAAAAAUUGUUAAAAUUAUAAUCUUAAAUUUACAAUAAAAACUCUAAGUAUGAUUUUAAAAUAUUUUAUAUUAAAGGAAUGUGAUAUACUUCUUUCUUCAUCAAAAAUUUAAAAACACAUUUGCCUUCUUGUUGAUUUUUUUUUAAUUACGCCUUAUCAGAAAAUAGUAAAACAAAGAAUUCGUUUAUCUGCAGAAAAAUCUCACAACCGUUUUUCACGUCUAUAACAGACUUGAAUGUCUUUUUUUAAUGUUAAUCUCAUAAAAAUACACACCCACUUUACUUUCACAAAGUAAAAACAAAAAUAUAUUUUCCUUUUUUUUUUUAAUAAAAUAUUAACCCAUCAAUUUUUCAAAAUGAAAUUUUCAAGUGCGUUAAAUGAUUGGGUUUUCAUUUUUGGGGGGGAUACUUUAAAAAAUACACUAACCUUUUGUUAGCGCCGUUGAUUUUCUAAAUGUGUUUCUUUGUAAAAAAAAAAAUAAUAAAUAAGGUAACAUCCCUUUGUUUCCCAAAUGUAAUACCAUAGGAUUUUAAUAUAUUGUCAUCCACGUAAAAAUAUACUCAUCCUAUUUCCUACCUCCGAUAGGUAUGUACCCAAGAAGGUUAUUUUUUUUUAUCAAAUUCAUUCCUUUAUUUUGAGACGGAUCUUGUGCUGCCCGGGGAAAAAUGAACAGAUCGAUAUUUGUAAAAAGACAAUGUAAAACAUGUUUUUCACGAAUGCAAUACCAAAGGAUUUAGAUAUAUUUUCAUCAAAAAAAAUGUACACAUCCUAUUUCCUACCAACCGAUAUGUAUGUACCUGAGAAGGUUAAUUAUUUAUCAAAUUCAUUCCUUAUUUUGAGAAGUAUCUUGUGCUGCCCGGGCCUAAAUGGCAAACCCGCUUCCAGAUUUCAAUAAAAUUAAUAAAAUCUUCCACCGUAUUUAAGUCCAUUAAUUCUUCAUUAGUUCUUAUUUGGAUGAGUUAUAAAAUAGAAUAAUGAAUGCUGUGACUAUGGAGUUUCGCUGGUCUUUGCUGACUUAAACGGCAUUUUCUUAUUAGAAGUAUAUUUAAAGGUUAAUUUUUUAUUACGUUAUAGAUUUAAUAAAAGUAUAUAUUAGGAAAUAAAAAAGAUAAAACUUAUUAAAUGUUAAAAAUAAAAAAAAUAAAUUUGUGUGUUUUAUUAACAAUAUAAAAAGCUAUCAAUUAUAUUUAUUAAUUAUACUUUUAAGAAGGGGAACUACAUUAUCAAUUUUGCUACGCGUGGUUAUUAAAUUUUUUUAAAAUUUAGAAUUUUGGUGAACAUAGGCGAUUCGUGCUAUGACGUCAUUUGCGUGUUAUUUAGAUAAAAAUUAAUUUUAUUUUUAUUUCGUAAUAUUAACAAAGCACUAACAACGCACUAAAAACAUAAUAUGAUAACGAGGUAAUACUUAGAUCAUAAUUUUACGAUUAAAUUUUGGUUUGAUAAAUUUUUAAUUCAGAUAAAAUGCUUAAAUAGUUCCUUUGUUGUUUCUUUAAAUUUAUUUGUAAUUGAUAAUAACAAUACUUAAAGUUUUACUAAAAUAAACUCGAAAUUAUGUUAUUUUUUAGAGUUAUCGAACUUUCUAUUUUUAAACCGAUUUUAAGGGGAGAAAUUUUAACAUUUAACUCUAUAAUUUAUCUGACUGAUUUUUAUAGGCUCCUGUCCCAGGCAAAACAAAUUCGGUACAAUUAUGAAACGGGCUUCUUCUGGGGUCUCUCUUUCAACUUAACUAUAUUAUAGUUAUAGAAGUGCAUUUAGUUAUAUAAUUUUUCGUAUUCGAAAAAUGAUUACGUAGAAAAAUAAUUUAUUACACAUUUUGAAAAGGAUAUUAUUUUUAAUCUAGAAUGUUCCAGAAGGUUCUAUAUUGUUCGAACGGGAUGUAUAAUGGGAUCUAAAAGCUUAUUAAAAUGUUAGUUUAUUUCUAGUAAUUCCUAUACUUUCAUGGGGAUUUCUUUGAAUUUUCCCUUUAUAAUCCUACCGGGAACAAUAUUUUCUUGGCAACAUGAUCCCAACAAGGUACAGGAUCAUAAAAUAGAACGAGUAAAUGGAACCCAAAGGUAACGCGAUCCCAUCGAGUAACGGGAUCAAAUUAGGCACAUGAAAAUGGCAUACCACCGGGAUCAGCACCCCACCGGGAAACGGGAACCAGUAUCGAGAUCCCAGCGGAAUAAGGGAUCACACCGGGAUUAUGAAACAACCGGAAUCGCGAUCACACCGGGAAAAUGGGAUCCCGACGGGAUCGGAAACCCACAAGAAUCGGGAUCCCACUGGUAUCUUAAUCCUGAAGCGAUAGGGAUCAAACCGGGAUUAGGAUCCCACUAGAAUCGGAUUCUGAUACCGACGGGAUCGGGAAGCCACCGGGAUCAGAAUACUGCGGAAUCGGGAUCCCAUCGGUAUUGGAAUACCAACGGGAUCGGGAACUUACUGAUAUCCUGAUCACACCUGGAUCGGGAUCCAACCAGGAUCGGGAUCAACUGGUAUCGGGAACCCACAAGGAUCGGGAUCCACCGGGAUUGGGAUCCCCAUUUAAACAUGAUUCAGCCGGGAUCGGGAUCCAAACAGGGUCAGGAUACCUCCGGAUACCGGGAAAUAUCAAAAACGGAAUCCCAUCCGGAAACAGGAUCUGAUUGUGUUACCUCCGGGAUCGAGAUGGGAUCGGGGAUUGAAAGGUUUACAAAAGUGUUGAUGAAUUUGUUUUUAAAAGAGAUGGAUUUAUUUUAAACUGCUACACAUUUGUGGAGUUGUGGUUCUUGUUGUUGUUUUGUUUUGUUUGGUUGUUUUUUGUUUUUGUUUUUUUUUUUUUUUUUUUCAUGCUGCUUAAAUUUUUUGUUCGUUAAAAGGCUCUAAGAGCAGUAAUUCUCAACCUUCCCAAUCCUGCGACCCUUUAAUAGAGUCCCUCAUGUUUGCCGACCCAAACACAAAAUUUACUGCUACACAUUUGUGGAGUUGUGGUUCUUGUUGUUGUUUUGUUUUGUUUGGUUGUUUUUUGUUUUUGUUUUUUUUUUUUUUUUUUUCAUGCUGCUUAAAUUUUAUGUUCGUUAAAAGGCUCUAAGAGCAGUAAUUCUCAACCUUCCCAAUCCUGCGACCCUUUAAUAGAGUCCCUCAUGUUUGCCGACCCAAACACAAAAUUAUUUUCGUUGCUACUUCAUAAUUGUUAGUGUUUUCUGAUGGCAUUAGGCCACCCCUGGGAAAUGGUCAUUCGAACCCAAAGGGGUCGGGACCCAUAGGUUCAGAACCGCUGUUCUAGAAGUUCCUUUGUUUCGAAUGCCAACCCUGCAAAGUUAAUAAUAUUUAUAGGAGCCAGAAUGAUCACUACAUUGAUCGUGGGCCUUUAAAACAUAGAAAGAGAAGAAGGUUCAUAUCUGAUGUAUAACAGAAUGAGGAUUAAAUGCAGUUCAGUCAUAAUACAUUCAUUUCUUUUAGAGAAUAACUUGACAUCAAAUCUUCUCCAGCUGCUUUCUUCCCUCAAAAAAUGUCUGCUCUUGUAGUUUCUCCUUAUCUAUAUUUAUAUCUAUGGGUCACUAUUCUAAAACGAAAUAGUGCUUUUCACUCGACUGCAAAUUUAACAUCAAAUAUCAUAAUGCUACAAAGAGUAUCUAGGAAACAUUCGCUUUAUACGUAAAUAAUCCUACUUCGUUGAAAGUCACUUUUCCUUUUAUCGAGUGAAACAGAUAACCUAGAUAGACAAGAACGUAUGUAUUGCAUUGUUUUCCAAGGUCAUUCUACAUCAUUAUUAAUUUAAUCGUAAAAUACAUGUCGUAUAUCUGGAACUAACGCUAAGGGAGAAAACUUGGAAACAAUUUUGUAUUUUCAGACUAAACAGUAUUUUUCUUCUUUUAAAAGAUUUCUUGAACUGUAAGAUAAUUUGUGUUUUUCUAUGAGACUGCAUUCAUGUUGAAAAUAUACAAUUGCUAACAAAUUAUUCAAAUUUUAUUUAUUUUUUAAUUUUGAUUAAUCUAAGGUAGUAAAUUUAUUUAAUUAACAAAGAAUUAAUUAUAAUGAGUAUUAGUACAAGCUUUUUUUUAUUUUAAAAAAACCCUUCUUAUAAAAACAAUUUCGAAUAGAAUAUGCAGUUCCUAACAGAUUAAAGUGAUAAAAAAAUAAAUUCCUACAUGUAUAGUACACUACAUGGGGUUUCCUAUUUUCCUGCUGAAAUAUUGCUCUUAUGAGUCCGAUUUAAUCAAUAAAUCUGUGCUAUUUAUUUAUCAGCUGGACGAAAAGCUUCUUCUUGCCAAGUUCUCCCAGGAAGCCUAUAGAAAUGCUACAAGAUUUAACCUGACCGUGAUGACUCCCGAAAAAAGGAGACUCUUUAUUAAGAUCAUGGACAUUGGAACAGAUGCACAGACCAAUGAAACCAAACUCGCUUAUGUGAGUAAAUGUAAAAGAUGCGUACCUGUGUGUUAAUUGCAUAGCCUUGUUAAAUAAAUUAUUGGUAUUCUGGUUUACAACUCGUGGCAAAUCUGAAGUAAGGUUUCUUUAGUGCAUCGACUGCAUCCUUCCAAAUGGAUUUAACUGUACAUGGUUUACUCACCUCGCAUCUCUCUCCCCAUUCACCCAUCACCUCAACCACUAUCUCACCCACCAUCUCACGCACCAUCGCACGCACCAUCUCACGCAACAUCUUAAGCACCAUCUCACGCAACAUCUCACCCAUCAGCCCACCCACCAUCUUGCACCAUCCACCAUCACACCCACCAGCCCACCCACCAUCUCGCACCAUCACAAUCCAUCAUCUCUCCCACCAACCCACCCAUCAACCCACCCACCAUCCCCACCCACCAUCUUGCACCAUCCACCAUCACACCCACCAGCCCACCCACCAUCUCGCACCAUCACACUCCAUCAUCUCUCCCACCAACCCACCCAUCAACCCACCCACCAUCCCCACCCACCAUCUUGCACCAUCCACCAUCACACCCACCAGCCCACCCACCAUCUCGCACCAUCACAAUCCACCAUCUCUCCCACCAACUCACACACCAUCCCACACCAUCCCCAUCCACCAUCUCCCCCCACCAACCCACCCACCAACCCACCCAUCAACCCACCCACCAUCCCCAUCCACCAUCUUACUCAUCAACCCACCCACCAUCCAGCAUCAUCCCCAUCCACCAUCUCACCCACUAACCCACCCACCAUCCCGCACAAUCCGCAUCCACCAUCUCACCCACCCACUCACUCACCCACCCACUCACCAACCCACUCACCCACCAACCCACCCACCCACCAACCCACCCACCAUCCCGCGUCAUCUCACCCGCUAACUCACCCAGUUCAUACCAAAACUUUUGAAAGGUCGUAAACAAAUACCUCAGGUGGCUCAUGUGUCUUUUGAAUUUGUUUCUUAUGUACAGAGCUUAUAUGAUUUUUUUUUAAGGUUCGCUAUAAGUUGAUUAUGUUGCUCUAGUGUGUCAAAUGGGUUCUUUGAGAGUUAAUGUGAGAUGGUGAAAUCAUCAGCUAACAAUGCUGCCGUAUGCCAAUCACCUUCGCCAUGGUCUGCUAUAGGUGUUCGUACCUCUUCACGCACACAAUUCUUGAACUCCUCCAUCAGAAUGAGAUUCUUGAACUUUUUGAAGUCUUUUUCGGUGUUCUUUCCGUGUAGCCACUUAUCCAGCAGUCCUUCCUUAUCCCGGAGACAAUCGACAUGAGUUUGGCAGUCGCGUUUUUACAUCUCCCUAAACUUUUUACGGUGGACUUCGGGGACAAAUUUAUAGGCCUUUGGUAUUAAGAAUUUUACAAGAUUAUAGUCCCCACGCAAGGACACAAAAACUACGGCUGUCCUGUCAGUUAGAGCAGGCUGCAGUAAGGUAGCCCAAAUAUUUUCAUUUUUAACAUUUGAGCAGUUAUUUCAAACUGUGCAAAAUAUUGGUCAACACUCCUUUUCUGAAAAUUUAGUUAUUAAUAUCGCAAAUAUUUAAUUGCAUCAGAAACUUGACUGUUAGGAGCCGAGAGUCUAUUUUCCACUGCUGAUUUGUUGGCCAUUAUUACCUGUUCUUUUAAUUUCAUUUGUAGCUCUGUCUGUGCCUCUAGCUCCAUUUUCUAAAAUUUCCUAUAUGUUUCCUCUUUUUUCUCUCAGAUCAUCAAGCUCUAUUUGUUUUUGCUCUCCAUUUUUUUUUCUCACUGAGAAUCUAGCUCCAUUUGUUUUAGAUUCAGUUGGAGCUCCACACUAGGAUCAUUUGGUUGUGUAACUGAGGUUAGUUCAUCGUCAGACAACAUAUCCUCAUCCACUAAGAGGACGAUGAUCACAUCUCGUAUGGUCUUUUUAAUGCAGAAUGAGCUACACUUAUUCCUACAUCUUUAGCAAUGAAAAAUUGCUCCUUUCUAGAACUUUUGUCUAAUGCCUCUACUGAUGGGUUGUUAACAUCAAAAUCCAUAUUGACACUGUCAAAGUAUCAGUAAGUUUUAUAAAUGCUCAAGCUUAAUGAACUUAUAAAAAAUGUAAUUUAAAACAAUUGUAAUUAGCUCUGUUAUGGAUAUCGUAAAAUAAUAUCGUGAACUCAAUUAAGUCUGGGUGUAUUAAAGUAAAUUUGGGGUCAAAUCCACAAACCCUCAAUUUAUUAUUGGUGUAAUAAGAUAAAAGUUAUGGAUUCAAAUUAUCUCAAGACGAUUACCCAAUCUGUUAUUGGUGGCAAUAAGAAACUGUUAAUUCAUAUAUCCCAAGUUCGAGCACCCAAUUUAUUUACGUAUCGCUAUAAUGUAGAGAAAAUAAUCUUUUAUUUUACUCGUGGCUCGGGUCAAAGAGUACAUAACAAAGGACGAUACCAUUAAUUAAUUAUAACGUAAUAAACAAUUAGUAAUAAAGAAACGAUCCCCAAACAAGGGCUCAUAGCAAAUGGUUAUUUAUUAAGUUUAUUUCAAAUUCAUCAUCAUAAUCAUUAUCACAUCACGAAGUCCUAGGACCUGUCAGGCACCACAGAUGACAUGAAAACUAUCCUCUUCCAUUCCUCUCUUUUUCUGCACUUAGCUCUGCAUCGCCUGGCUACCUCUUCUUCGUUUCCAGCCAGUCCAUCUAUGCCAAUCGCAAAAUUACAAAAUCAAAAAGCAUAAAACUAAGGCUGUUGACUUACAGUACAAUGUUGAAGAAGGAGCACAUACACACACACACAGAGGAAAUAUUAUUGUAAAAAAAUUAGCAUCAGUACAAAUCACUGUCCAUCUCGUAUCAUAAUAGCUCUAUCCUUCUAUCAGAUUAUUUCUCUUUAUGUCGAUAGGUGUAUUUUUGGUCUUUUUUAGAUACUUUUCCAGAAAGGGGUUCAGCAUUGUAUCCCUAGCUGGGUCAAUCUCGUACAGUCUAAAGAAUUCUACUUAUACAGACUAUAGACUGUAUUUAUUUGUAAUCAAGGUCAAGGGAGACAAUUUGUAAUUAAGCGAGGCCCCUUCGCUUUGCCAAACUUGGGGUCACCCAGCGUCCAUGCACGAGUUUCGCAAUGUCAACAAGGACGCCUAUCGUAACACCAACCAUCUCACCCAGUAUCUCACCCACCACCCUUAACCACCAUCUCAUCCAUCUCAUCCAUCUCAUCCAUCUCAUCCACCGUCUGAUCCAUCAUCUCACCUACCAUCUCACCCACCAUCUCACCUACCAUCUCAACCAGCAUCUCACCAAAGCUUUUCCAUACGACUCUUAAAUCUAAGCCUAGACUUUACUACUUCCAUACCGUCGGCACCAAACCAUUCUCUGCACUAUUUUUAGGCUUAUAUCCCUCCUAGGCCCACUCAUUUCAAUAGUCUUUGUUCCCUAGUCCCCUACUUUAUCACCCUUAACAUAACUUAACUUCUCGGCAUAACAUAGUGCAUUUAACACACACCCCUCAUACAAAUUGUCAUAGCUAUGUUUCUCCUCACCCCUACCCUCUCUAUGUUACUCCAAAUUACACUGCCACUGUUAUUUCCCUUCUGCUAUGUGCCAGUUCAAAUUAUUGCUCUCUAUACUCUAAAGGGAUAUUUUAUGAGAUAUUUCAUCAAAAAAGAAGUAUUUCAUGAAUUAAAGAGGGUUAUAUUUGAGGAAUAUAACGCAACAUUUUAUUCCGGUUUUGUUUUACCUCAGCUACACAAAGUCCAGAGCGAUAUGGAAGAUAUUUAUCACACAGCUAAGGUCACUAUGCCUUCUGGUCAACUGUUACCUCUAUUUCCAGGUGAGGGAAUUACGGGAGGAAAUUAGAGUCAAUGAAUUAUAAGAAUAUAGAAAAAAAUUAAACCCAUUUUUUUACGAUUAAGAUUUAGAUGAUAAAUGAUCUCACUAUUCGAAAGAAAGAAAAGGUUUUAUCAUUCUCACUCUAUGCAUGAUGUCAAUAACAUUGUGACGACAUUUCAUUUGUGUUGGCGUUUUCAAAUUAAGUAAUGUUGUUUGAAGAUGUUGUUAAUGAUGAUAUCUUAUUUUAGCACAGGACAACAAAACAAAUACAAAAAACACCAUUUACUUGACACCUUGAGUUUUAGUUGUAGGUUUAUUCAUAGUGUUAUUUUGGACGCGGAUUCCGAAACUCACAUCAGAUUUUCCGUAACAGCUUAAGAUUUAAACUAUGGUUGAAUUUGUAAACAUUUAAUUCUUUCCAUCUCAGGGCUCUUUUCCUUAAUCGGGCCAUCACAACAACCAUUGGUAUUUAAAUAGACAAUGAGUGUCCUCUUAUUUAAAUAACCAAUUAUUUGUGUGCGCAUAAACACAUUCAUCCACUUCAUUUAAAUAAGAUGCAAUGGCAUCGAAUUGUUAACUUCAAAUUUUAAAAUCUUCCUUAUUUAAAUAUUUUACUGCAAAUUAUUAAGUUUGCAAAUCAUAUUUUAUUUUACCAUAUAUAUUUUAAUUUUCAAAGCUUCACAGUCUGAUAUGUUCAAAAUAUCUGCACAUAUAGAUCUUAUUGUUCAGCAUGUAGGAUAUAUGUCAUGUGUUUGGAAAAAAAAACAUGUAAAGGUUAUUUGGUGCCAAGGUUGGAGAUCAAGGUGCUACGUAUAUGUUAAUAAUGUGUUCGUGUCUUGUGGGUGGGUGUUUUGUAGCUCUUGCUAUGUGCUUGGUAUUUUGUGACAAUUAAAUGUCAUGGUUUGGGAGUGGUAUUGUUACUGCAGAGAGAAUUCGGAUGAAAGAAGCCCCGCUGUGUAUUCAGUAAAGAACCAAUUGUCAUAUAGAUCUUUGAUUUUUUUAAUAAUUACCCCUAGACGUUACGAAGCCAUUGAACUGCAAAUCUCCUGUUAGCUGUUUGUUACAGUUGACUUGAUGCAAAACUUGUGCAGGGAAUAGAAUCUACUUCAAUCUGGAAAAAACAUUACAUUUCAUCGAACGAGUAAGAAGAAUUUGCUUCCAUUUGUUACCGAAGACAAGAACUUACUACCAUGCAAUUACAUCAGAAAUCUUCUAAAGUGCAUUGGUAUUUCAUCUUAUUAACCCAAGUGUGAGGCGUUGUUUUCAUCGACUGUUCAAGAAGUUUGUAAAGUGUUCUUUUAAUGAAUAGUUACACAUGUGUUUCUCUUACAAUCGGUAAAAACACGAGGAUGAAAGAGAAAUACAACACCGUGUCUUAAGUCUUGGAAAAGAUAAACUACUAAAAACACGGUUCGGUGAUUUUUGCAAACCUGAAAAUGAUAAUUUAGAAGAGUCAAAAUUGAAAACGUUGCAAGAUUAGAUUGGACUCCGGGGGAAAAUGUGGUGGCCGAAAGACAAAUGUAAUCAACGAAGCUUUAGUAAAACAAAAUAGAAUCAUUCUACACCAAAUUAUUUAUUACUCUAGACCAAAGUGACAAGACAGUUUGUAAAUGCUUGGAGUAAAGAUUUCAAUGUCAAUCCAAAAGGAACUCUACACACAGAAGCUAAAAGCUGGAAUUGUUUAUUUUCCAAAGUUUAGAAAAAUAUCAAUGAAUGACAUUGAAUCGUGGCCUAGUCAUUUAUUAUUGCUUGCACUCAGAUUGCUGUCCAGGGAGCAUUAGGCUUGAAAUGUUAAAUGAAAAAUGUCACCAUGACAAAUAUAUGCAAUGGCAGUCAGACGUCAAUGAACAUUUUUGUUGGAGUAAUCUUUUUCGCGAAUAUCAUGGAAGAUCUUAACUUAAGAAGAAGUCUACAAAAGGAGCUCCAUUUUUAUAGAAUAAUAAUUAAAACUUUCCAGAUAAUCUGAACUUUGAAAAAAAAAAGUUAAAUUAAAACAUUUUCAUGCAACACACUUUUCCUUAAAUUAAAUAUUUUUUACUAUGUUUCAUAAUUUAAAAUUAAAUUUGUUAAAUAUAUAUUUUAACAAAUUACUGCUCAUAGGUCUCAUUUUAGGGUCAGCGGGUCUAAAAAAAACAACCUAGAAACAAGUCUAAUAUUUGAGGAUCCAAAAUUAUGCCGGUCAAUGUUCUUUUUAAAAACAAUUAUCCAUUUAAGGAUUAUAAAAAAUCGAUUUUCUAUCAGAUCUCACUCACAUUUUGGCGAAGUCACGGAACUACGCUGAACUUCUGGCCGCUUGGUCAGGGUGGAGAGCUGAAACUGGCGGCAAGAUGAAAAACUUGUUUGCCGAAUAUGUGGAAUUAAGCAACGAAGCUGUGAAAAUACUUGGUAGGUUUUUACAUUGUUGAGAAAUAAAAUGAUCAUUCAUUUGUAUAAACAUCUAAUGUAGAAGAAACAAACAUUUUUACUGUGCUGCUUUCAACGAAAUCAAUUUAACAUGCCAUUUGUUAUUGCAUAAGUUACUCAUUUUAAUUAUUAAGACAAUACAUUGAGAUGGCAAAAUCUAGCUGAUUCAUCCAGGUACAGUGUUUGAACAUGUUAAAAUUAUAAAUAAAUUAACUAAGCAUAAAUAAAGGUUUUAACUAAUGGUAAUAUCUACAAAAAUUAAUCACACGAUUUUCUGAGGUGAUUUGUUUUGUAAAUGAGUAUUUUUUAAGGUGAAUGGUGUGGUAAAUGAGUAUUUUAACAUUCUUUUUUAAAUUAUUCGAACUUACUCUAAAUUUUAACAGGUCACGCUGACACUGGUGCCUACUGGCGCUCCUGGUAUGAAACUCCAACCUUUGAAGAUGACGUCAGAGCAUUGUUUGAUCAGAUCCGUCCACUGUAUGAACAGCUCCACGCCUACGCCAGGAGAAAACUCAAACAAAUCUACGGGAAUGACAAGUUUCCAUCUUCCGGUCACAUCCCAGCACAUCUUCUGGGUAAGUGGUAUAUAUAAUCACUGUUUCAGUUUAUUCAACGUCUGGUCACAUCUUCUAGGUAAGGCGUAUAUUAUAAACACUUAAUGUACCAAGCAGUUAGGUAAACUUCUGGUCUCAUCUUCUAAAUAUCAAGUAUAGUAUAUUCAGUAACUGUUUUUUAUCAGUUUAACUAUAUAGUUAUGGUAAGGCGAAGAUACACAAGGUGACCAACAGAUUAUUAAAUUGACACUCAGUUUCGGAACUGAUAGAGUGGAGCAUAUUGAACGUCACCCUAUCUCACCUUCCCAAGAUUCUCAUACUUAGCAUUGGGGUAAAACUAAAGGUAUAUUGAAAUAUUACCCUUCAAUAGCACGAUUUGAAAUGAUAGACCGCAACCGGUGAGAGCAGCAUUAAGAAGGUUAAACCUUGGAUUCAAGCACAAAGGCUGGCAAUUACACAGUUAAUUUAUUUUCACAUCAAGUUCAAUGUUAGUUUCUUCUUGAGACCUUGCGCGCGCAAUUUUUAAUGUUUGCCAGAAGAAGAAUCCUUUGAAAGCAAUUGUUUACCGGCUAGCAAGCUAAUAUAAGAACAAUUUAUUUUAAUUGACGAAGUGUAGAACUAUAUAGCUACUCCAUCGUCUCACGAAGACGGAAGGAUGCCAUAUUAUUUUAAUUAUUUAUCAAGACAGCGAGGAGGGCUAGGACAGUAAAAAAACGGGGGGGGUAAAAUUUUUAAUUAACAUAACAUUGGGGAAGCACUGAUGAAGUAUCUUUUGUUGUGUGUAGCAGCCUAGUGAUGGCUUACUCACAUCACGUGACCAAACAAGGAAGUGACUAAGCGACUCCCAUUUUUAAUUAUUUAUCAAGACAGCGAGGAGGGCUAGGACAGUAAAAAAACGGGGGGGGGGGGGGUGGGGGUGUCAAUGUCAUGGAUUGGAAUCGAAACGUGAAAUAAUGGAAGAGAUGGUAACACAAAGACAUUUCUUCCUCAUUCCUCUCACAGCUGGAACAUCUUAUCAGGGGCAAGUUGACGUACGUUAUGUUGAGAUUGUCAGAUUUAAUCGUGGUGGUCAUCUGUUGAAAUCAUCGUGAAAGUAACUUAACUUUGUUAUAAUCCCUUAAAAAACAUAUAAAAUUGUAUUAAUGAAAUUAGCCCCGUUCAGUCAUUCACUCUGACAAUGCUUCGUGUGAUCAGGAGACAUGUGGGCUCAGCAGUGGAGUGCACUCGUAACAGAACUGACCCCCUACAAAGGUAAACCCACUCUUGACGUCACGGAUGAAAUGGUUAGACAGGUGAGACAUUUAUCAUAAUCAUGUUAUUCUACUGUGUCUUAUUUGAUUUGACCAGAAAACCACCGUUAAUUUUUAAUUUAUUUUUAUAAGUUCUCUUAUAAUGUUCUUACAGCAGAUAAGGUUGUGGUCAAUGUUAAUCGGGAAGAAACAAUUUACUCUCACAGAUUUUGUUGUCUUUGUUUCCACAGAAUUACACGCCAAUCAAGAUAUUUCAGACAGCAGAAGAUUUCUUCAAAUCUCUAGGAAUGAAGAAAAUGCCAGACAAAUUCUGGAACAAAUCCCUUUUUGAGAAACCUAAAGAUGGCCGAAAAAUUGUGUGUCAUCCAACAGCCUGGGACUUUUAUAACAAGAGAGAUUUCAGGUAACAGUAGAAUAAUUUAAAGUUAAGUUUUAAGAAUAAACAAAAGUUUAAACAAUUUUAAGGAUUUAAUUUGAGCAUAUUUAAAGAUUAAAGUCGUCCCUUAAGCUGACGAAAAGUUUUAUAAUUUUCAUGCCCUUACAUGAACAGUUUUUUAAAGAAUUUCCCGAAUCAAAAUAAGGCGACUGCAUUUACACUCACAGCUACAUUGGGGCCGUGACUGGGUAUUAGUUUUAGAACAAACGUACUUGAAAUAACUGUAAUAAAAACAACUGAAUUUGCAUUAAUUGUACUUGGAAUAGCUGUAAUUGAAAUAACUGUACUUGGAAUAAUUGUAAUUGGAAUAACUGUAAUUUAAAUAACUGUAUUUGGAAUAAUUGUACUUGAAGUUAGUGUUCUUGAAAUAUCCGUUCCUGGAAUAAUUGUACUUGAAAUAGCUGUACCUGGAGAUAUUGUUCUUGGAUUAAGCGUUAUUGCAAAUUCUGAAUUUUUAAAAAAAAAAUGCUCCUUGAAAUAUAUAUUAAAGAAUAUUAUACUUGUGAAGUAUGUCUUUCUUUUAAUAUCUAGAAUCAAACAGUGCACAUUGAUAACAGCCCAGGAUCUGGAGACAGCCCACCAUGAGAUGGGUCAUAUCGAAUACGCCCUGCAGUACAAAGACCAGCCGGUCAGCUUCAGAAAUGGAGCCAACCCUGGUGUGUGCAUGUUUGUAGAACAUUGAAUAUAAUUCUUUAUUUCAUAGAUCAAUAGGUCAAGUUGGAAUGUGCAUUAAGUCUGUGAGUUUUAAACUGCAGUGAACGAGGCGUGUCUUAGUUGAGUCAAGUGUUCUGUGUAUUCAUAAUUGUUUCCUAAAGGGUGGUUUUUUAGGAUCUUUAUUAAAUGAACGUAAUUAAUUAACCGAAAUAAAAUAAAGAAUAUUGACUUGGUAGUCAAAAAUACUCAAAAUUAAAAUAUUACAAGAAAAACAAAGAAAACUAUUUAUUAAGCUGUAUUCAGACCAGUUGUAACAUACUCAAGUGAAACUUGGACCCUAACAAAAAACGACAGAACAUCUAUUAAACACGUUGGAGAAAAAAGUUAUCUGGAACAUAUUUUGACCAACAAAGGAUGAAUAUGGAUGGAGAAUACGAACCAACCAGGAAUUGUUUAGUCUAUGUCAGGAAAUUACGCUAGAAGCAGAAAUUUUAAAAAAGGGGCGGGACAAUAAGAAAGAGUGCCAAAUGUCCGAGGGGUGAAAAGGUUGGACCACCGAAACAACAGAGGCUCAAAGGCAGACCUAUGCUUAGAUGGAUGGAUGAUGUGGAGAAAGCCCUACUAAUUUUGGGAAGCUGGGGUUGGGCUCUGUCCUAACACCAUAUUUCCUUUAAAUCUUUCCUUUUUUUAAUGUCUUACGAGUUUCUACCUUUUCACAAUUUUUAUGCCUGUUGUUCGUACAUUCGUUCGUAAAUUAAUAUGGUCUUGAUAUGUACCAGGCACUUCAUAACUGGUACAAAAAAAAAAAAAAUUAUUGCGCCCACUGCUUUUAUUCAACAAAAAUAAGGUUUACUAUGUCAAUCAACAACAUUGAUUUUACACAUUUCAUGAUGUGAUUUCCCCUUAACCUAAAUGAAAAUACAUAUUCAAAGAUGUUUUAUCGAAUAGAGCUCAAGACACCAGUAACACACUGUCUAAAUGAUAAUACAUAUUCAGGUAUGUUGAAUCUAACAGAGCUCAAGAUACCAGGAACACACUGUCUGUACAUUUUACUUUGUGUUCUUCUCAUAUGAAUAAGCCACAGUCUCUCUGCAUGCGAACAGACGAAAACAAUUUUGAAUUUGCGCGACUGUCUUCAGCACCCUCAAAGUCCGCACGGCUUCCCUCACGCUGAUCAAUGUUAAGUAUAGGGUUGAAUACAAGCUUAAGCCAAAUGAUUAUCCUGGAGCAUGCGACAACUUGGGUGAAUUCCGUUUAUGUAUGGUACUGACAUCAUAAUGCCUCUCCAGAUCCUUAAAAAUGUCCUUCCCCUGAUCAUAAAAUAGAUUAGAAACACUGAAUUCAACCAUACUCCGUACUCUUGAUUUUGAUAUAAUUUUUAAAUCACUUCAAACCCCUCCACCCCUCAAGAUUCAUCUAACUUAUUUACUUAUGCCUUUUACCCCGUCUGGGGCAUGGGGAGUCUACAAGAAUAUUCCAUUCAUCUCGGCCCUGUGCUUUCCUUUCCAAUAGCUUCCAGGUCUAUCCCAUACUUUGUUUGUAUGCCUCUAGCACGCGUCUCCGUGUAUUUUAGGGCUUCCCAUCUUUCUUUAUCAUGUGGAUUUUAUGUUAGCGAAUGUCCCGUGAUGUUAUCUGGGGGUUUGCGUAGAGUGUGCCCUAUCCACCUCCAUCUUUUCCUUAUGAUGUCUUCAGCAAUAUGAUCAUGGUAUGUAAGAAUCAUUCUAAGACAAGUGUUUAUAAAGAUAUGUACUUUCUGCGUCAUGCUCGCUGUUGUUCUCCAUGCUUUGAGUAGGACUGUUUUAAAAUUUGUGUUGAAAAUUCUGACUUUGGUUUGAAGAGUCAUCUCCUUUGACUCCCAUCUUUCUGAAAUAUUUCUAAAAUCUGAAAUGCCCCCACCCCCGGGGAAAAGUGUCUGAAAGAAACACUGCAAUGCGUUUCAGAAAAUUAAGUACAAUCACUUGUGAUGAAGCCAUCACCUUCAAUGUUAAACUCACCAAAUAAUUGUCUAUUUUACUACAGAAAAUAUGUAUCCCUUGUUGCAAAUCUUGACAUGGUAUCCAUUGUAACUUAAAAGAAUAACGACUUUUUGAAUAGCUGUCGACAUAAUUACAAUAGUGUUUGUCAUUUUAAAUGUGUUUAUGUAAAAAUGUGUUGGAAAUCUGUAACUGUGAUGGUUUCAUUAAUGUAAUGGAAAUCAAUAUAGGUCUCAAUUUAGAAGUUGAGACUGAAAGAUCAUGAACUGACUUUCACCAUUUAGAACAAAGUAAACAUAUAAAACGUAAUGUUAGCAUUCUAGGAUUGGAAAAAGAUAUGCCACCAUAAGGUGGAUCUCUCAUUCAAAAUAAGUCACCAUUGAUGCCAUCGUAAGGUGGAUCUCUCAUUAAAGCUAAAUAAUCACAGAUAAUACCGUGGGGUGGAUGUCUCAUUAAAGAUAAGUCAUCAUGGAUGCCAACUUGGCGAAACAAUAUCUACAAGCACAUAAUUGGAGAUAAAAACUGCUGCACCUUUACCUUGAAAUGGCAUUUAGACAUCUGUGUGUGCGGGUGUCGUGUUGUGUGUUCGUGUGUCAUACAAAAUUUUAAUCUAUAUAGGUCAUAGUCAAUGUUUACUCAAAUCGAUUUAAGUUAUUUUUGAUUUCACAUGAUGCUGUACGAAAGUGGCUUAAAGAUUCAGGAAAUGAUGUUUCCAAGUACGACUGUGAUGGUGAAUAAUAGUGUUUUUGGUGCGUUUCUUAAAUAGGAUUUCAUGAAGCUGUCGGUGACGUCAUCUCCCUUUCAGUGCAAACACAAGAACACAUGCACGCCAUUGGUCUCAUUCCGAAUGUUAGCAAUGAUACUGGUAAGUUGGAGAUAAUUUAUAUUUAAAGACUUUCCUUUAUUGGGAUUUUAGCCUUAGGCGCUUCUCUAUUAUCACAACCUAACGGCACUUGAAAAUGUAGUUUAUUGUUAAAAUGUGUUUCUAAUACACUACAACUGGGAACGCGCUAAGAUUAUAAAUGUAAAAAACUGUUAGACAAUCAUAUAGCGCUUCUGUGUCAGUGUUGUUACUUCUCGUGUGUCUGGACUUGUGCUGUGUCGUGUCUUAAGCUGUGUCGUGACGUCGACUGUGUCUUGACGCCAUUCCACUUUAUUAUUCUGAGUUUGAGAAAAAGGAAUGUGCGCAUUAACUUUCCAAGAGGCUUACCGCCACCCCCUUUCCGUUGCGCCUCUUAGAGACCCCCUGGAAACAUUAUAAGUUAACCCAACUUAACUAGAUAUGCCUCUCUUAUGGACCCCCUCCCCCCCAACCCAGGAAACAUUUUAAGUCAUCCAACUUAACCAGAUUUGAACCUCUAUAUGGACCCCUGCAAACAUUAUGAAGCCACAAGACUUAAUCGGUUUUCGCCUUGGCCCUCAGCGGCUAAAAAAAUUAUCACUGGCUUUUUUUUUUUUAAUACAUAAGCUCCACAAUAUUUUUUUACAUUUUCUAAAUCUAGAAUCUGACAUCGAUUUCCUGAUGAGAAUGGCACUAGAAAAAAUCUCUGUUCUUCCCAUUGCUUACCUGAUCGAUCAAUGGCGCUGGGGUGUGUUUAGAGGUGAUACCCCACCUGAAAAGUACAAUGAGCAAUGGUGGAACCUCAGGUAUCACGUUAAUAUGUUGGCAUUUUUUCUAGAAAAUCAUGUAACACAUUUGACAAAUAAACAUUUGAAACAUUCGGGAAAACUAAACGUAUUCCACAGUAUUGUUAAUUCUAAGUUUGUACCUGUCUCCAGGUGUAGGUACCAAGGAGUAUCUUCACCUGUAGCUCUCGACUCAUCUGACUUUGACCCAGGAGCUCAUUACCAUAUUGCAGCCGGCGUGCCUUAUAUCAGGUGACAAUGACAUUAUUUUUUUCUUUCUAUUGACCGUAGCAUCUUAAAAUUUCUGCCAGCCUGGAAGACAUAUUCCGGAGAAAAAUGACAAUGUCGUGAAAGAUACAUAAGUAAUAAAAGUUAUUUACAGUGACAAUCAUUAAAUGUCUUUAAAAUUAGCAAUACACACGGUGGGUAACUCUGGACAUCAAAUGGUUCACAUUUAAUCCAAGGUAUGACAAUUAUUCCACUAUCAGUUCAAAAUAAUAGAGUUAAAUCAAACCUGCGUUUUAUUGCACAUAAAGAGGGGGGGAUGACGUCAGCGUCACGAAUGGAUCACGGUUCAACCGCGGGAAGAGAUGGUCCUUCGCACGUGUGGAUGACCAAACAAAGAAUUUAAGGCCCAGCACAAAAGCUUGUGCUACAUUUAGAUUUACAUUCCUCGGAUUACCUACAGCAAUGACACCUGGGGUUGCCCACAGCAGUGACACCUGGGGUUACCUACAGCAGUGACACCUGGGGUUACCUACAGCAGUGACACCUGGGGUUACCCACAGCAGUGACACCUGGGGCUACCUACAGCAGUGACACCAUGGGCUACCCACGGCAGUGACACCUGGGGUUACCCACGGCAGUGACACCUAGGUCGUGCACACCGUAUUGCUAUAGGUGGGCACACUGCCACAAGAAUUUUAUUUUUUUCAAAUAUUGCCCUAACGUUUCCACAGAAAAUGUUCAUUGAUCAAAUAAAUCUAAACUAGUUUAUUAACUAUUGAGACAUUGUUCUAUACGCCUGUGAUUGCGGCCCUCCGAUCUCUCUAUUAUAUACAAUUAUUUUACAGGUAUUUUGUGAGUUAUGUCAUCCAGUUUCAAUUCUAUAAAGCCUUAUGCGACGAAGCUGGCUAUAGAGGUCCACUUCAUAGAUGUGAUAUCUACAACAGUAAGCCUGCAGGAACUUUGUUGAGGUAGCCUGUUAUUGCACUUGAUAUGCCGUAUUUUGUGGGGGUUUAUUAUACGUUUUAUAUUAUAAUUAUGGACGUAAAGUUAUACGUCACUGAUAUCUAACAUAUUUACACUAUAUCUCCAUUUCGUUACAUACAUUCACUCGUGACAGUUCCCUCCUCACGCCUGGUGGCAGGGAGGUCGAUAGGAUCCUAUUAUUAUAUCAUGGAAGUAAAUCUGAAAAAUUAUGGAUAUUUGCGUGGAUGCUAUAUCAGAAAGAAAUUGCGAAUAAAGGGAUUUUAUAUAGUCUUCAAAAAUAUAAAUAGCCCUUAAUUUCAAUUUAUUUCAUUUUAUUGGGAUUUGUAAUUAGCUAGUAAUUUUAGUCUAAUAUUUGCAUAUUCCAUGCAUUGCAUGUAGUCUGUAUUGUUCUAAUUAACAUAAAGUAAUAUUGUGUUUACGACAGUUCGGCUUGGUUUCAUAUUGCAAUUUAAAAAAAUAAUUUAGAUAAUUACUACAGAGUAUUUUGACUUUGUUUUCUCUUAUCUUCCCCAGUAACAUGUUAAAACUUGGCUCCUCCAAGCCCUGGCCGGAAGCCAUGUAUCUACUCACAGGACAAUACAAAAUGGACGCCCAGCCUCUCAUGGACUACUUCAAACCUCUACUAGAAUAUUUACGACAAGAGAACGGCAUUGACUAUGGCUGGCAUCCCACAUGUCCAACUACGCCAGAACGUUAACAAAAAUAACACUGCGAAUCCCAAUUAUACUGGCUAUGAACACGCUGGUUGUUGUAAACUCUCUUGUUUCUCUUUAAAUGAUUUAAGACAGCUUUGAAGAAAUUAAACUCAUUAAUGUAAACGCCCAGUGCCUUUCCAUCAUUCAAUAUGUUACAACUUAAGUUCUAAGUUGAUUAAAGUUUAAAACCAGUCUAUCGUGAAGUGUCUUCCUGAAUUUUUUAUAACAAGGUUUCUUAACCACGGAAGCCGGCAACACAAGGCGUAAUUAAAUGCAGGGAAACAAUACUUGAAAUAAUGAGAAGGCUGAGAUUUUCUCGUUGAUAAUUAACAAAUUCAAAUAUUUUUUAAACGGAAAUUGAAAGGAAAAAUACUCAAAUUUCAUUUAUUAAUAGCAUUUUUAUUUUACUAAAUAUAGAGUUAAUAAAAAUUAUAGUUUGAUUAGUAUUUAACAAAUAUGUUGGUCCUCAAAGGAAUUUUCAUUGUCCCAUUACGCGCCUAUUUGUACCUAGACGUUUGUAGAAAGCAUUUCUUAGGUGUUAGUAAUGGAUGGAUGGAUGGAUGGAUGGAUGGAUGGAUGGAUGGAUGGAUGGAUGGAUUGACGGACGGAUGGACGGACGGAUGGAUGGAUGGACGGAUGGAUGGACGGAUGGAAGGAUGGAUGGAUGGAUGGAUGGAUGGAUGGAUGGAUGGAUGGAUGGAUGGACGAAUGGACAGAUGGAUGGAUGGACGGAUGGACGGAUGGAUGGAUGGACGGAUGGAAGGAUGGAUGGAUGGAGGGAUGGAUGGNUAGUCUCCGUGGGCAGCAACUAAAUCCAGCUUAGAAGUAGUCUCCGUGGGCAGCAACUAAAUCCAGCUUAGAAGUAGUCUCCGUGGGCAGCAACUAAAUCCAGCUUAGAAGUAGUCUCCGUGGGCAGCAACUAAAUCCAGCUUAGAAGUAGUCUCCGUGGGCAGCAACUAAAUCCAGCUUAGAAGUAGUCUCCGUGGGCAGCAACUAAAUCCAGCUUAGAAGUAGUCUCCGUGGGCAGCAACUAAAUCCAGCUUAGAAGUAGUCUCCGUGGGCAGCAACUAAAUCCAGCUUAGAAGUAGUCUCCGUGGGCAGCAACUAAAUCCAGCUUAGAAGUAGUCACCGUGGGCAGCAACUAAAUCCAGCUUAGAAGUAGUCUCCGUGGGCAGCAACUAAAUCCAGCUUAGAAGUAGUCUCCGUGGGCAGCAACUAAAUCCAGAAGUUUUCCUGGUUGAACCCUACUUUGUUUUAAUCAUUUUAUAUUGUGCUAAUCUGAAUGGAGUCUUUCCCCUUAUUACCCUGUGAUUUUUCACAAUGAUAACGAAAUACUAGCUACGUUACAGACAACAUGCAUGUGGAACUGACAGCAACUAUUUUAUUAAUCUUUUACCUUCUUUUUAUGCAGCCCCCAAAAGUGACAUUUGCUUUUUUUUUAAAGUGUUGUUAUAUAGGUUCCCUUCUGGUUCUGGUCGUGCCCGUCGCUGUUUUGCUUUACGUUAGAUUCGUACUACCUUUAGGGCUAUGCCUAGGGUAUGAUUAUAUUUCUUAAUUAAGUACUCUAACUUAUCUCACUCCACACUCCCUCUAACAUUCAAAGACACUCUCAUUGGCUCUGACUUCUAUUAAUACUCUCACUACACUAAGAAACACAGGUGGUUCAGCAAACAAAUAAAUAUUUAAUUAUAAAACAGAAUUAGCUACAUACACAUUAAAUAUACUAUACACAUGUAAAGGAUAUCGAGAUAUACUGCCCAAUAUUAUUAAAUACUAUGUUCCGACUGGCGAUCUCGUCUUCUGUAGGCGGUCAGUUACAAGCCCACACACCACUCUUGUUUGUUUGGCCUCCCUCUCUGGUCACUGGUCGGACUCUGGUCACUCGCACCACGACGUGAUUUGUGUAGACUCUAACACACUCUUACGGGGGGCACAAAACACAGCUCUCUCGCUGGUCACUGGUCACUGCGCCGUCUCUGCUACACCAGUGGGCCCAACCUACACUUGGUUCAUUUGAUUAGUCUGAUCCUAAACCGAAUCCACUGACUCAACCGUACUGAGUAGUCUAGGCUCUACGGCAGGGGUCUCAAACUCGCGGCCUGCGGGCCAAUUGCGGCAGCAAGAUCAUAUUUUGCGGCCCAAUACAUGACAGCAAAGUUCAGUGUUAAUUCAGCUCGCGCGAUUUCCCCAUUCUCUUAUAUAUAGUGUGACUUUCCCCGACAGUUUCAGUCGAAUCUCACCGACUAGUCUAAUUGUAGUUGUUAUUUUAAAGCAUUUUAUGAGAUAAACAUGGAAAAAUUGUGUUUUUGAGUAAAGUUUAAAAAGUCAGUUAGUGGGUAAUGCACAAACAUAGAUGUGUUAAAUCGUAGCAAUCUGACACGAUAUCAAAUAAUCCCUAUUAAAAUUGCCCCUAGUGUUUACGAGUGAGGGAAAUUCCCAGCCUGUCAAAUUGGUCACUUUCAAAAUAGGAUUCUCCUUAACAAUGCAUCUUCCUUCGCAUAAAUAAUUCAUAAAUAUUGCCUGCUCCAACCUACUAGCCUUCAUGGAGAAAGAUUGGGUGAUUGUUCAUGUACUAAGUGAUCCCAAAAGGCUCAUGGACUUGGCUUUUUCUUGUUGACAUUUCAUAGGAGCUGAAUGUACUCAACGCGAUGGAACAAGACCAGGGGCAGCUCGUCACUGUUGCCUAUGACAAUGUCAGUGCAUUGUAAGAACAGGGACCACGAGCUGACAAUGUACAUGUGAAAAAACUAUUUUGUAAGAACAGUGACCACAACAAUGUUAACAAUGCCCAUGUGAACAAACUAGUUUGUUAUGAGGUCAUUGACAUAUAAAUACCUUGGCUUUAACGCUUAGGGGAGAGAAAAUAUAAAAAUUUAAGGCACACAAACCAAAAUAAUCAGUUUUUUUUUUCAAUGUAUGCUUUUUCCCCAUGGGUAUACUUUUAAACAAUGAAACAUCCCGCACAAUGAAAAUGAUAUCCUUACCAGCCCUCUCCAAAUUACAUUAAACACAUCAAGUUCACCUGUACAUACUUCUGUGUGUGUGAGGGGCGGGGAAGGUUUAAAGAGAUUAUAAUUUCAUAAGACCUAAAACAAUUUUUUGUUUCAUUUAUCGAUGAGAGGAAGAUAGGGGACGAAGCCUGGGGAGGGGAUCUGCUGUACCCCUAAUUUCUUGCCGUUUGACAACGCCUCCAGUUGCAUGCCUUCCUCUAGGCGCAUAUCUAAAAAGGAGCUAUCCUAGGUCAAACUAUUUCCCCUCUAUAACUUAAUACUGUUCGGCCCAUACGUCCCAUCCAAUUUGCAUUUAACAUGGUCACUUGUACUUUCUCCUGUACGCUCAAUGUUACUCUCUCUUGUGCGUUCUCUUGCACUUCCUCGUGUACGUUCACUUGUACUUCAUCAUGUACGUCCAAGUGUACUUCCUCAUGUACGUCUACUUGUACUUCCUCAUGUACGUUCACUUGUACUUCCUCAUGUACAUUCACUUGUACUUCCUCAUGUACAUUCACUUGUACUUCCUCAUGUACGUUCACUUGUACUUUUUCUUGUACGUCAACUUGUACUUCCUAAUGUACUUUCACUUGUACUUCCUCAUCCACGUUCACUUGUACUUUCUCUUGUACGUCCACUUGUACUUUCUCUUGUACGUCCACUUGUACGUCCACUUGAACGUCCACGUGUACUUCCUCAUGUACGUCCACUUGUACUUCCUCAUGUACGUCCACUUGUACUUCUUCAUGUACGUCCACUUGUACUUCCUCAUGUACGUCCACUUGUACUUCCUCAUGUACGUCCACUUGUACUUCCUCAUGUACGUCCACUUGUACUUCCUCAUGUACGUCCACUUGUACUUCCUCAUGUACGUCCACUUGUACUUCUUCAUGUACGUCCACUUGUACUUCCUCAUGUACGUCCACUUGUACUUCUUCAUGUACGUCCACUUGUACUUCCUCAUGUACGUCCACUUGUACUUCUUCAUGUACGUCCACUUGUACUUCCUCGUGUACGUCCACUUGUACUUCCUCAUGUACGUCCACUUGUACUUUCUCAUGUACGUCCACUUGUACUUCUUCAUGUACGUUCACUUGUACUUCUUCAUGUACGCUCACUUGUACUUCUUCAUGUACGUUCACUUGUAUUUAUACCCGUUGGAGGGUGAACGUGUAAAGAGUUAUAUACUUCCAUAUCACCUGACGUUGCUAAAGAGAGUAUAUAAUUCCAUAUCACCUGACGUUGCUAAAGAGAGUAUAUAAUUCCAUAUCACCUGACGUGGCUAAAGAGAGUAUAUAAUUCCAUAUCACCUGACGUGGCUAAAGAAAGUAUAUAAUUCCAUAUCACCUGACGUUGCUAAAGAGAGUAUAUAAUUCCAUAUCACCUGACGUGGCUAAAGAGAGUAUAUAAUUCCAUAUCACCUGACGUGGCUAAAGAGAGUAUAUACUUCCAUAUCACCUGACGUUGCUAAAGAGAGUAUAUACUUCCAUAUCACCUGACGUGGCUAGGUUUAGUCAAAUCAAGUCCAAAUGCCCAAAUUGAUCAACCAUCCUCCUCCAGACGAGAUACGAUUUCAAUUAGACAAAAGACAAAUCGAUGCAAUAAAAUAUUCACGUGUUUCCAAAAAUAACUGCACGUGAUUCGUCUUCGGUGUUUAAAUUCGCAGAGGGAAAAGCACAAUUAUAUCAAAAGCUUUAUAAGUUAAAUGGAAAGCUGCAUGAAGAAAUAUUUUUUGCAUUUUUACCCCAUACCCCUUUUUUUUUAUCCUCGAUGUGGACACUCACCCCCACCCCUACCCCCUUUGUACAUGUCUCCAGGUGUACGAACUUGGAGAUCUUCACCUGUACCUCUCACCCCUUCUCACUUUGAUCCAGGAACUAAGUUCCAUACACCAGACGGUGUGCCUUAUAUGAGGUUUUUCUAAUGCCCAUUAGCACCUUACCAUAUAUCAGCCUGUGUGUCUUUGUCAGGUGAACAAUGUCAUUUUUUUCCUAACACCCGUAGUGUCUUGGACACUCUACCAGCCUUGAAGAAAUUUUAUAAACCUAUAUACUUAGGACAGGGUUUCAUCUACCAGUCAAUUGGUUUAUUUAUUUACAUUGCUACACCGAAUUUCUACUUUGUUUAAAAACAUAUUCUUAUAAAUUUCUUAUUUAAAAUUUCAAUUGAUCAAAUCAAUCUACAGUUGCUUAUUAUUGCAAUGAGACCUGGAGACAUAUUUUGUAAGCCUUUUAGUCAAUGACAAAAGAUUUUUUCUAGAUUUUUGACAUCUAGUUUCGUAUUAUGUGAUGACGAUGACUGCGGAGGUCUAGCUCACAGAUGUGAUAUCUACAACGGUGCAGGAACUUUCUUGAAGAAUUCUUGCAGGAGUUUUGACUAGGUAUUCUUGCAGGAACGUGUAGGAACUUUAAUGACACUUUAGUGACGCACUAUGAUGCCACAAUUUGGUGACAUACUUUAAUGCUACACUCUAAAAGCAAACUUUGAAGACAAUUUGAAGACACAAUUUGAUGGAACACUUUUGGUGAUAUACUUUAAUGCUAAACUUUAAAAGCACACUUUGAAGACACCAAAUUCUUUGCAGGAACUUUUGCUGAGGUAUUCUUGCAUUAGAAUUUUUGGCGUCUUUAGUUAUUAGUGUGCAUUGAAAAUCAGUAAUCAUAUCUAUGACCUUAAAUUCAUUUUUGUCUGUUUUAGAAAGAUUUGCCCUGUAUCUUCCAAUAAUAAUUUAUCUCAACUAUUGUCCAGUCUGAAGUAGUACGGGAUUAACCUAUGGGCAAACGAGGCACGUGUCUGUGAUGUCCCACGCUGCAACAAGGAAUCGAAUUUUUUUGGAGUGGGGACUUGGUUUAAUCUUGAGCGUACAUGUAAUGACACAAUAUAUUUUGCAGAUGGGCCACCUCCGUGCAUAACAAGUUAUAGCAAUAGGGUGAAAAGAAAAAGUAAGGGAAGCAACUCAGGUGACUUUCAGGGCAAUAAUUUUAAAAGGUAAUGUAAUGCCCAGGGAAUUAAUUUAAUAGGUUCUGUAGCGUUCAGGGCAAUAAUUUUAAUACGUAAUAUAACGUUUAGGGCAAUAAUUUUAAAAGGUUUUUUGACGUUCAGGGCAAUAAUUAAUAGGUAAUGUGAAGUUCAGGACAAUAAUUUAAGUUCCUAAGUUACACUCACAGUUCAUUUAUAAAUGACUUUCUUCAUAUGUAAUAAUUCUUUUCGAUUUUACAUUUAACUUUAUCUGAAUUUGAACAAAAGGUGGAGAUCAAUUGACUUUUUAUAAAAUAUAAAUAAAAACAUGUAAUAAAUUUAGAUGUAAUAUUUGUAUGCAUUGAUCACGUGGCUUGCUCUUGGGCGAAUCUUUUUGUCAUUAUAAAAGCACUGCUAACAAGAAAAAUCAAUUUUAGUUGAAUAGUGCAGAACUAGAUUGCUAGAUGUUAAACAAUUUAAUUUAUUAUUUUUUUUUUUUUUAAAAAGCUUACAUUUUGAAAUAAACAAUUGUAAUCAACCUCUAAAAGUAAAAAUGAGUUAUUACAUUCGAAAUAUUAAAAGUUCGUCCACAAUUGUAGCCAAGCGUAAUUAUUAUCAGGCCAUUACAAACGCGUGGCAUUUUCUUAGAGAACGGCCUUCUAUUCACACACUGAACUCGAACAAUGUAUUAAUUAUAUUUUUUUACAAAUGGAAUAUUCGUGCUGGAUAAACACAUCAGCCUUCCUGGCAAAUAGAACUAGCUGAGAAUCAUCGUCAUUUCAACCGUUUCGUAAAAAAAAAAAAAUCGAUUCCUGUAUAUAAAUGGGUGGCCCUAGAAAAUGUGGGAACAUCUCGUAACAAAGGGUUAAAUAAUUCAAUUAAUUUACUGUUUUGUCAUUGACAGUUGUAAGAAAAUUAUUAUGCUAGUCAGAAAACAUGUUCAAUCUAGCUCCCCCACCCCCACCUCUCCCUGCUUCUCAAAGACUUUUUAUAAGCGUUGGCGUGUUGUCUAUGCUUCUGACUAUAAAGCCAUGUUUUCACAUUUAGGGCCACCCUGUAUGUAUGCUUCUGACUACAAAGCAAUGUUUUCACAUUUUGGGGCCACCCUGUCUGUAUGCUUCUGACUAUAAAGCCAUGUUUUCACAUUUUUUGGGGCCACCCUGUAUGUAUGCUUUUGACUAUAAAGCCAUGUUUUCACAUUUGGGGCCACCCUGUCUGUAUGCUUCUGACUAUAAAGCAAUGUUUUCACCUUUUGGGGCCACCCUGUCUGUAUGCUUUUGACUAUAAAGACAUGUGCUCACAUUUUGGGGCCACCCUGUAUGUAUGCUUCUGACUAUAAAGCCAUGUUUUCACAUUUUGGGGCCACCCUGUCUGUAUGCUUUUGACUAUAAAGCCAUGUUUUCACAUUUGGGGCCACCCUGUCUGUAAGCUUCUGACUAUAAAGCCAUGUUUUCACAUUUGGGGCCACCCUGUAUGUAUGCUUCUGACUAUAAAGCCAUGUUUUCACAUUUGGGGCCACCCUGUCUGUAUGCUUUUGACUAUAAAGCCAUGUUUUCACAUUUUGGGGCCAACCUGCAUGUAUGCUUCUGACUAUAAAGCCAUGUUUUCACAUUUUGGGGCCACCCUGUCUUUAUGCUUCUGACUAUAAAGCAAUGUUUUCACCUUUUGGGGCCACCCUGUCUGUAUGCUUUUGACUAUAAAGACAUGUGCUCACAUUUUGGGGCCACCCUGUAUGUAUGCUUCUGACUAUAAAGCGAUGUUUUCACAUUUUUUGGGGCCACCCUGUCUGUAUGCUUCUGACUAUAAAGCGAUGUUUUCACAUUUUUUGGGGCCACCCUGUCUGUAUGCUUCUCCUUCGUGAAUCACGACGACGCACUAAAAGAUUUAUCGAUUAUUGUGACCGUAGAUAACUUAAAUCAGAUAUCAUCGGUUCAGUUUUAAUGUAUAUUACUUUCAUAAUGAACUAAGAUGGAGCUUUGAGCAGGUGAGUUGGUAGCUGCCUGUAGUGGAAGGUGAGUUCACCGUGAUGUGUGGAGGUGGUUUCCCCCGUGAUGUAUGUAGGUGGUUGUCCACAUGAUGUGUGGAGAUGGUUGUCCCCGUGGUGUAGGGAGGUGAUUGUCCCCGUGUGUGUGGAGGUGAUUGUCCCCGUGGUGUGGGGAAGGUUAUUGUACCCGUGGUGUGGGGAGGUGAUUGUCCCCGUGUGUGUUGAGGUGGUAGUGAUGUGAUGUGUGGAGGUAGUGGUCCCCGUGAUGUGUGGAGGUAGUGGUCCCCGUGAUGUGUGGAGGUGGUAGUCCUCUGGGUGUGUGCAGGUGUUUACCCCCGUGUUGUGUGGAGGUGGUAGUCCCCGUGAUGUGUGGUGGUGGUAGUCCUCUGGGUGUGUGCAGGUGUUUACCCCCGUGGUGUGUGGAGGUGGUAGUCCCCGUGAUGUGUGGAGGUGGUAGUCCUCUGGGUGUGUGCAGGUGUUUACCCCCGUGGUGUGUGGAGGUGGUAGUCCCCGUGAUGUGCGGAGGUGGUAGUCCCCGUGAUGUGUGGAGGUGGUAGUCCUCUAGGUGUGUGGAGGUGGUUGCGCCCUGGUGUAUGGAGGCAGUGUCCCCGUUCAGUGGUGAGGGUGAGCUCCAUGAAAUGGAUGGAGGUGAUCAAAUGUUUACUUGUAUAUUCCCCGUGAGCUGCGAGUGCUCCUAGCUUGAGUCAGUGAGUGGCUAUGAGAGGGCUUCGUUUUUAUCAUUCAUCAUAUUGACAUAAACGUUCGCCAGGGUUGCGUAAGGAAAAUAAUGCACACAACACAAGUGGAGAGAAACAGUUAGGACAUGCACAUGAAGCGACGUGGGGCUUUCAGCCAUUUCUGUCUUUUUCUUUUUGUUUUGUUUCGUUAUUUCGGUGUUUUUUUUCCAUGUUCAUGGCAUAAGUUACGUUUUUUAUUUUGUCAGAUGUUUAGUAAGAUUACGGACACUGCAUCAUAACUAAAAGUAUAUGGCCUACAUGAAAUCUGAUAAGUGUUAUUAUCAAUCUAUCGGUACGGCUGUUAUUGCGUUCUUGUUAUCAUUGUUUGUUCACAUUAACCGUGGUGUGUUACAUUGGUUUUUCAAUAUGGGGUUAGUCAUAAUAUUAAUUUACUAACCACACAUUGUAAGUAUUUUAACUUUUAAACUUGCUUAUUUCGAGGAGACGGACCCAGUUCGCUCUUUUGUGUUUGUGUAUUUUAUUGACAAUUUUACUAAGAAAAUAUUGUUGCUCGGGGGGAAGAAUCCAAUUUAUGUUGUACUAUGUUAGGAGCCGAAAAUUUUUAGUUCGUCACAGGAGUUUGUUGUGAGAAUCAUACUUUGUUACUUGACAUGAAUAGUGCGGCUGGUGAAUGCUGUGGGUUUUGCUGGUAGUUUUUAGUUGUUGUUUUGUUUUUGUGUUGUUGUUCUUUUUUUCUUUUUUUUUUGGGGGGGGGGGGGUUGUUGGCUGUUUCUUUUGGGUUGUUGUUUGUUUUUGUUGUUUUUUUUUAAUUGGUGGAGGCCGGGAGGGGGGGGGACAGAGGGAGAAGUUUGUGAUUGAAUGUGGGAAGUAUUUCAGCGACGGGCUCCGGUUUACUAAUGCGCUUUGAUUGACACCUCAGAACAGUGGCCUGGGUUGAAAUGCGCUUUGAUUGACCCCUCAGAACAGUGGCCUGGGUUGAAAUGUGCAAUGUACGGAAUUUCGAAUUGUGCAUUUAUCAGUUGUUGACUGAUUGAAUACGUCCCAACAUGUCAAUGUUUGGAUGUUAUGAUUACGAAGAUCAGCGGAGAGGCGCGUCAAUUGGUUUAUGUCCGUUUAGAAUAAUUUAGGAAAUAGUGUUUUGUAAAGAGUAUGUUUACAGUUUGUGUGUGUGUGUGACAAGCGAUGUCAAGGACGUUGAUGGGGGACGACGAAGCAAUGUUAUAAUUUGUUUCGUCAGCGUGUGUUUUAGGAGGGGGGCGUAUAUUUUUAGAAUGGUCAGAUAGCUUAGAUGAGUUAUGAGACCGAGUAUCAUUCUAAGGGUUAAUUAGGAUUGGUUGAAGAAUGAGUGAUAAUAAACAUGUCAGAUCGAUAUAUACUGUGGUGACAGGCUGCCGUAUACUGACACCUUGUUCUGGUGACAACCUGCUACGGUGACACCCUGUUCUUGAAGGAUAUAUAGUGUGGUGACAACCUGCUACGGCGACACCCUGUUCCUGAAGGACAUAUAGUGUGGUGACAACCGGCUACGGUGACAUCCUGUUCCUGAAGGACAUAUAGUGUGGUGACAACCUGCUACGGCGACACCCUGUUCCUGAAGGAUAUAUAGUGUGGUGACAACCUGCUACUGUGACACCCUGUUCCUGAACGAUAUAUACUGUGACAACGAGAAGGCGAUCUUGGCUCGUGACAGCGUUAAGUAAUUCUUUUGUUUACUCUUCGAGAUUGUUCGAGUUUCUCAGGAGAAAGUGAAUGUCGUGAAUUCAUGUUGUGGACUUGUGUCAGCAAUCCUGUGGUAUCUUCCUGUCGCAUUGUGUCAGCAAUCCUGUGAUAUCUUCCUGUCGUGUUGUGUCAGCUAUCCUGUGAUAUCUUCCUGUCGCGUUGUGUCAGCAAUCCUGUGAUAUCUUCCUGUCGUGUUGUGUCAGCAAUCCUGUGAUAUCUUACUGUCGCGUUGUGUCAGCAAUCCUGUGAUAUCUUCCUGUCGUGAUGUGUCAGCUAAUCCUGUGAUAUCUUCCUGUCGUGUUGUGUCAGCAAUCCUGUGAUAUCUUCCUGUCGUGUUGUGUCAGCUAUCCUGUGAUAUCUUCCUGUCGUGUUGUGUCAGCAAUCCUGUGAUAUCUUCCUGUCGCGUUGUGUCAGCAAUCCUGUGAUAUCUUCCUGUCGUUUAGUGUCAGUUAUCUUCUUGUAGCUUGUGAAUUUGCCAUUAAGGGAUAACUGUAAAUAGUAUGGAAAGUGCGAGAGUUGUGCAAAGAGACUUAUGAAAGACGUAUUUGUCGGUGAACGGAAGAAGGUUAUCGCAAGUUCGGCUUGUUGAUGAUAUGAAAGAACACUGGUGUAACAUUGACAAAUACCAGUUUUCAAAACAAAUUGUGAACAUUGCAUAAAAUUAUAUUUACCGCGGGUAAUUGGAGAAAUUGUGAAUUGUAGCAUAUUUGGAUUGAAACAUAUCAAGACUGAUUCCCUUUCUGUGUAUGGAGAUUGUUCUAUUUCUUGUCUUCAGGGCAGAGGCGUACCGAAGGUGAGGCGAUCCGCUGCAUGUGAAAAGUAGGUAAGAAGUUUUCUGUCUUAGGGUUACGCUCUGCUGUCUGUAGGGAGAAAUUAAUCUCUUAUUUUAAGUUUAUGGCUCGUUCUAAACAGUGCAUAACAAAAUACACUACCAUACGGGAAAUACAAUAGCAAAAGAAUACGACACUCAAAAUAGUGCUAACUACAAUUUAUACGUUUUAUUAAUUUACUAAUAAAUUACACAAUAAAAAUAUAUAUAAUUAAAAUCAUUAACUUACAGAGUAUUGUGUUUCUUGUACCGGUACAAAAGUUUAUGAAAAUUACAAUGUGCCAAAAAAUAGGGUACAACGAUGAAUAGGCAUUCUUACAUUUAAAUAAGUAAACAUGGAUCUAUCAAGAAUAACACACUCGUGUCGUCCCGUAUAGUAAAAAUAAAAGCUAGCGUCCCGCUGUCUUUCACUUCCCCGGAUUUAUAUACCGGUAUGGCCAGUUUCUAAGAUUUCUCCAGAAGGAUUACGCAUUGUAAUCGUCUCUCAUACGUUCCACAUAAUUCUACAAGGUUCUAAGAAUAAACAGACUAUUGAUUUUAUUUAGUUGGUAGUAAACUAGGCCAAGAGACUAUUUUUAGCUAGCCACACCUUAAAGGCGAUCUCGAGCUUGUUUUGUGUCUGCUAGAGUACAUGACGUAAACACGUCGUCUACAUAACACUUACUUUACUGCAGGCAAAGAGGCAAGAUCAUUUUUUUUUAAAGUAAGCAAAAUUGAGCGAUAUAGAUGUUGGUUAGUUUUGCUAAGUGCUUAAAUAUAAUCCUACUUAACAAAACUUUUGCAAUGAUGAAUUAAUUUAAUCAUUUUAUUACUUAUUUAAUUACAGAACAAAAUCUUUUUUUAAACUUAAUUAAAAAGUGCUAACCACUGUCCUGAAUUUUAACCAAUGUUAGUGUGGGGGGGGGAGGGGGGGCUCACAGUGAGGCCCUAGAGAUUGGUUUAUAAUGCGAAGGGUCAGUGCCGUUAAACGUUUGAGAACCACUGAUAAAAGAAAUAAACCUUUGUGAAAGACCAUUGAUGUUAGAAAUACAAACAACUUCUCAUAGCUACUUCUUUGUUGAUUCUCAGAAAAACUUUGAUUUAAUUAUUUAUAUAAUUAUUUAAAAUGUUGGGGGUGGGGGAGUUUUCAAUAAAUAAAAUAUUACACCUAUAGCAAGUGUAUUUUUAUAUUAAUUCAUAAAUAACAUAUGUUAUUUUAAAAUAAAUAUGAUGCAUAAUGCAUCCAAUUUUUAGGCUACACUCGAAUGAUUGGUGCAUCUGACUAUACUACUUAAUGUAUCGAUAUCAGCUGACCGGUGUUAAAACCCGGUUGUGAUUGGAUUCUAUGGCUGGGAAAAGUGAUCGCCCUGUUAUUGCAAGCGUACACUCUGUGAUAGAUCUUAACUGUGAUAGAUCUUAACUGUGAUAGAUCUUAACUGUGAUAGAUCUUAACUGGGAUAGAUCUUAACUGUGAUAGAUCUUAACUGUGAUAGAUCUUAACUGUGAUAUAUCUUAACUGUGAUAGAUCUUAACUGUGAUAGAUCUUAACUGUGAUAGAUCUUAACUGUGAUAGAUCUUAACUGUGUUCGAUCUUAAGAAGUUUGCAGAUCGCAGUCUCCCAUAGUGUUGCCCUCCACCCCCCCCCCCCCCCCCCCCCCCCCCCCAAAUUUUUUUUCACCCCAGAUUUAACGAAAAUUCCACUGUAAAGGGAAUAAACAUUAAAAAAAAAAGUUAUUUAAAAUCUAUGAAGGGGACACAAAAUCCGGCCAUAAAAUGGCUCCCGGGGGUUAACUGACCUCUCCAUGCCCUCUCCCUACCCCCUUAAGGGUACCAAAGCUUGCGUCACAAUGGAACUGGCCACUUACGGUCUUAUAAUACAUCAUAUCGACCUGACACGGUGUGACAAGAUUUGACACGCUUUGACACGAUCUGACACGGCUAUGAGGAACAGGGGCGGGUCCUGUUAAAGAAAAUCGUCGAAGAACUCGCCAAAGUCCCCCCCCACACACACACACAAAAUAUGCAUUUAUAUCUAUGAAAUAAGUACAAGAACGCCGUUCCCAUGCGUUCCUGUGUGAUUCUACUAGAUUGUAAAAACCGUUUACCGGUUUCAACCGAAUCUCCAUAAAGCGCUAAGCCACUUUGCCGAUAAAACCGGUGAUAAGAUCCCUAAUUUUAACAUAGUUAAUUUUCUGACUUCUGAAAUAAAAGGACCCGUUAUGUGUCUAGAAUGCACUUUCUCUGAUCUUAGAACCAAUUAUACGUCUGUGCUACAGAUGCCAACGUUACAGGCUUAACAGAUCUGGGAGCACAUGCGUUUCAUUCCCGUAAUUAACCGUGCUGAUGCCUUCAGGCCACAUCCGAGCGACUAUGUUGACAGGACAAAACUUAUUAUCACUUAUCACCCUAACAAUCUUAUAGCUAAACGUGCUUAUCUUAAAAACCGUUCUAUACUACUCGCAGACAUACGAGAAAUUUUCUCUUCCCCACCUCUCUUUGAUUUCAGACUGGAUAAAAAUCUGAGAGACCUCCUUGUGCGCAGCCGUUGCAACACUUGCCCUUUUGUCGUCCAGACUUAUCACAUACGUCUCCCUAAGGGCAGUUUUCAAAUACGCGACGGUUUCCUUUGUACAAGCCGCAAUGUUAUCUACGCAAUUGUCUGCACCCGCUGUCAGAUGACAUACAUAGGGGUGACUGAACACCGACUCUCUGACAAGUGUACCACACACCUCCAUAACAUUACACAAGAUAAACCGUGUCCCGUCUCCAAACACUUCAAUAGUAGUGACCACCAGGGAAGGACGGACUUUUCAAUAUAUGCGAUCGUGGCUAGCACGAACACACCCAGGCGGGUGAAUUAUCCUGACUUAUGGCACAUUUACGCCACAUUGUAUGAACGUCAUGUCUCUUUUCAGAGCUUGAAACUAGCCCUGCCUCUCCACGUCCUGACCUAUCGCAGUGGACUUACUGCUCCUCUUUUCUUUCCCUCAUCCCUAUUUAAUCUCUCACCCACUUAUUUUCUGUCACAAAUCAUUUGCUGCCCACGGAUACUACAAAUCUAAGUGCUAUUUUUUAAUUUUAUUCUUUUUUUAUUUUUUAAUAUAUUUUUUUUAUAUUGUUUUUACUCAAUCUUUAUCAAUAAAAUACCUGGAACUGACUUCCAUUUCUUUGAAAUAGACACAGUUCAACUUUAAAAUGAAAUGUCGGAGGUGAAAUUUGUAAGCGCUUUAGUUUGACCAUUUAAAACAUCAAGAUAACCUGUGCCGUACAAAAUCUGACGUACCCGGCCACGCCAAAGUUUCUUUCUGAGUGUCCGAUUCUUUUCUAUAUUAUUCUCUUCCUUGCAUAAAAAAAAUCUAAUAAGCCUUCACAUAAUAUAAACCCACCAAUGCAUCCAACCAGUGCAACCAACCAAUGCAACCCACCAAUAAAAGCUACCCAAGCAACCCCCUCAUUGCCUCCCACCAAUUAAACUUACCAAUGAAACCUACCAAUGAAACCUACCAAUGAAACUUACCAAUGAAACCUACCAAUGAAACCUACCAAUGAAACUUACCAAUGAAACCUACCAAUGCAACUAACUAUUGCAAACCACCAAUGAACCUACCAAUUCAACCCACCAACACAUCACACAAAUGAAUCCCACCAUUGCAUUGUUCACGACGUUUAGUGUUAUACUGCAAAAUGAUCUUGCGGCUUUGGAAAAAAACAAAUGUAGGUCAAAUGGAGGAGCAAACCAAUUGUAGGUCAAAAAGGGAGCACGCCAAAUGUAUGUCACAAAGGGUAACACGCCAAAUUUAGGUCAAAAGUGGAGCACACCGAAUGUAGGUCAAAAAGGGGAGCACACCAAAUGUAAGUCAAAAAGGGGAGCACGCCAAAUGUAGGUCAAAAAGAGGGCACGACAAAUGUAGGUCAAAAAGGGGAGCACACCAAAUGUAGUUUAAAAAGGGAGUAAGAAGCUCAUUAGUGAUUGAUAUUGCCUAAAAUUUUUAAGAUUAUUUUAAUUUAAAUUAAGCGUCCCCAAUAAAAGGUGAAAAUCUGUGGAUGGAAAGACAUUGUGAGCUGGGAGUGUUGGAUGGAAAGACAUUGUGAGCUGGAAGUGUUGGAUGGAAAGACAUUGUGAGCUGGGAGUGUUGGAUGGAAAGACAUUGUGAGCUGGAAGUGUUGGAUGGAAAGACAUUGUGAGCUGGAAGUGUUGGAUGGAAAGACAUUGUGAGCUGGAAGUGUUGGAUGGAAAGACAUUGUGAGCUGGGAGUGUUGGAUGGAAAGACAUUGUGAGCUGAGAGUGUUGGAUGGAAAGACUUUGUGAGCUGGAAGUGUUGGAUGGAAAGGCAUUCUGAGCUGGGAGUGUUGGAUGGAAAGACAUUGUGAGCUGGGAGUGUUGGAUGGAAAGACAUUGUGAGCUGGGAGUGUUGGAUGGAAAGACAUUGUGAGCUGGGAGUGUUGGAUGGAAAGACAUUGUGAGCUGGGAGUGUUGGAUGGAAAGGCAUUGUGAGCUGGGAGUGUUGGAUGGAAAGACAUUGUGAGCUGGAAGUGUUGGAUGGAAAGGCAUUGUGAGCUGGGAGUGUUGGAUGGAAAGACUUUAGUGAGCGGGGAGGGUUGGAUGGAAAGGCAUUGUGAGCUGGGAGUGUUGGAUGGAAAGACUUUGUGAGCUGAAAGUGUUGGAUGGAAAGGCAUUGUGAGCUGGGAGUGUUGGAUCGAAAGACUUUGUGAGCGGGGAGUGUUGGAUGGAAAGACACUGUGAGCUGGGAGUGUUGGAUGGAAAGGCAUUGUGAGAUGGGAGUGUUGGAUGGAAAGGCAUUGUGAGCUGGGAGUGUUGGAUGGAAAGACUUUGUGAGCUGGAAGUGUUGGAUGGAAAGGCAUUGUGAGCUGGGAGUGUUGGAUCGAAAGACUUUGUGAGCUGGGAGUGUUGGAUGGAAAAACAGUGUGAGCUGGGAGUGUUGGAUGGAAAGACUUUGUGAGCUGGGAGUGUUGGAUGGAAAGACACUGUGAGCUGGGAGUGUUGGAUGGAAAGGCAUUGUGAGAUGGGAGUGUUGGAUGGAAAGGCAUUGUGAGCUGGGAGUGUUGGAUGGAAAGACAUUGUGAGCUGGGAGUGUUGGAUGGAAAGACAUUGUGUGUUGGGAUUGUUGGAUGGAAAGACAUUGUGAGCUGGGAGUGUUGGAUGGAAAGACAUUGUGAGCUGGGAGUGUUGGAUGGAAAGACAGUGUGAGCUGGGAGUGUUGGAUGGAAAGACAUUGUGAGCUGGGAGUGUUGUAUGGAAAGACAUUGUGAGCUGGGAGUGUUGGAUGGAAAGACAUUGUGAGCUGAGAGUGUUGGAUGGAAAGACAUUGUGAGCUGGGAGUGUUGGAUGGAAAGACAUUGUGAGCUGGGAGUGUUGGAUGGAAAGACAUUGUGAGCUGGGAGUGUUGGAUGGAAAGACAUUGUGAGCUGUGAGUGUUGUGAUAAAUAUGCAGUCCAACAGUCUGCUAGAACUCGUGUUCGGGGGAUUUUUUCAACUCAGACACACAAAAAUUCUAAUGGUCUCUCUCUCACACUCACUAUGUUUCUCUCUCUCUCACACUCUCUUUCUCUCAUUCUCUCUCUCUCUCUCACUCUCUCUUUCUCUCUUUCUCUCUCUCUCUCUCUCUCUCUCUCUCUCUGUCUCUCUCUCUCUCUCUUUCUCUCUCAUCUCGACUGUACCCGAACUGAUAUUGCAUCAUCUUUAUAGUUAUUCUCAAACUGUUCGAUGUACCUAAUUUUUCAUUAUAAUUUAAUAUUACAUAUUAAAUUCAAUCGUCAUUUUGGCGGUCUGCCCUAACUAAUGCUGGCCUUCACGGGAUUAGCAUGGAUUUGUUUUAGAAUCACUUUUUUUUUCAAUAUUAAAUUAAUCUGUGAGAGCCAGAGAAUCCAUCUAACAAAACAUUAAGUGUUGAUGUUUAAAGUUUUACUACAUUUUUAAUCUGUUUGUUUCCAGCUCGCUGAAAGAUUAGACAAGAUGUCAAAGAAAGUCAUUCUUGUCAUGACACUGUUCACGCUGGUCAAUUCCGGGUUGGAACGCCAAAGUUUGAUCACCGACUCGGCCGAGAUCAAGGCAUUUCUUGACCACUACAACAGCCAGGCGGAGGCGAUCUGGCACACGUCUGCGGAAGCGGCCUGGAAUUACAAUACCGACAUAACUGAACAAAACCAACAACGUAUGGUAACUCGUCCAAGUUUGUAUACGAUUUAUAUGAAACACAUGAUAUGAGUUUGGAGAAAUGAAUUGGCUUGAAUUGUUCUACCAGCUUCAAAAUACGUCAGUGAAAUGUUAUUUAAUGAUUGAGUCCGUGACGUGAAAGAAACGAGAACAAUCUAUGCACCUUUAGUUCCCAUAUUCCUUUAUCUUACUGCCUUCCUCUGAGAACUUUAUCUCAUUUAUUCAUAUAUUAAAAUAAAUGGCACUCGAUUUGAAUCGAUCUUUCGAUCACUCAUUUCGAUUGUAUUGAUGAGAAAACGUUUUCAGAUUUUAAUCUUGAACUCAAUAAAUGAUGUUUAAAUUUUUCAAAUUUAGGAAACAUUAUCUUCCCAAGGAAAAGACGCUGUGCAUAAUGGUUAUUUAGAUAGAAGUACUUAAUUACAAUAGUUUAGAUAUAAUUACUCAAUCGCAAUAGUUUUGAUCUAAUUACUCAAUUUCAAUAGGUUGGAAAUAAUUAUUAGAUCAAACAAGUUAAUAUUUAAUUACUUCUAUUUUCUCUUACAGUAUAUAAAUAAUGAACUGCAGUGAAAUCGAAUUAGGUUUGUUUUUUUUUAUUUAAUUAUUUCUGAUAGAGAGCCUUGAUCACCUUAACACAAGGUGUUAGUGAAAACAUAAUUUUGAUUUCAGUUGAAUCAAAACCUUGUGAACGCCAAGUUCAACAGGGAAUCUUAUAUAAAUGCUACAAAAUACAACCUGGCCGUGAUGAGUCCACGAGACAAGAGACUCUUCAAUAAGAUCAUGGACAUUGGAACAAGUGCACAGAACAAUGAAACCAAACUGGCUUAUGUAAGGAUACUUUAUGUAGAAACAAGAUCUCUAGAAAUAAUGCUAGAGAAGAAUUUCUUGAAUUAAUUCUAGAGAGGAUUUCUUGAAUUAAUACUAGAGAAACUGGUUCCGUCAAAAUCAAACCUAAAUGAUAACUAAAAAAAUCUGAUAUUGUAUUUCAUAAACAUGUAUGCUGAAGAUCCUGCCCAACUUUUUACCCAAACUCUACAUCUCAACCUGGUUUUUUUUCUUGCGUUACGGCUUCGUCCUCGUGAUAUUCCAGGGCCACUUGUCCCAAUGAAAUUGUCUGGUCACUUGUGACAAUGACAUUAUCUGGCCUCUUGUCCCAAUGACCUUAUCUGGCCUCUUGUAUCAAUGACCUUAUCUGGCCUCUUGUCCCAAUGACGUUAUCUGGCCUCUUGUCCUAAUGACCUUAUCUGGCCUCUUGUCCCAAGGACCUUAUCUGGCCUCUUGUCACAAUAAAUUAUCUUGCCUCUUUUUCCGAUGACAGUAUCCGGCCUCUUAUCACAAUGAAAUUAUCUGACCUCUUGUCCCAAUGACCUUAUCUGGCCUCUUGUCACAAUGAAAUUAUCUGGCCGCUUGUCCCAAUGACCUUAUCUGGCGUCUUGUCACAAUGACAUUAUCUGGCCUCUUGUCCCAUUGACCUGAUAUGGCUUAUUGUCACAAUGAAAGUAUCUGGCAUCUUGUCCCAAUGACCUCAUCUGGCCAUUUGUCCCAAUGACCUAUCUGGCCUCUUGUCACAAUGAAAUUAUCUGGCCUCUUGUACUGAUGACAUCUGCCCUCUUGUCCCAAUGACCUUAACUGGCCUUUUGUCACAAUGACUUUAUCUGACCUCUUGUCACAAUGACAUGAUCCGGCCACUUGUCACAAUGACAUUAUCUGGCCUCCGGUCAUAAUGACAUUAUCUGGCCUCCGGUCAUAAUGAAAUCAUCUGAACUCUUGCUACAAUAACAUUAUCUGACCUUUUAUAACAAUGACAUUCCUUGGCCUCUUGUUACUGUUAUGUUCCUUGGCCUUUUGUCACUGGCAUUUUGUCACAAUGAUGUUCCCUGACCUCUUGUCACAAUAACAUUCUCUGACCUAUUGUCACAACCUUGUAACAUUUCCAAAACUCGAACUGUUGUGUUGCUUAUACUUGUCUUAGUCCCUGUCUACUAAUUUAGUUAUUAGUUCAUUGUUUUUAUUUUAAUGACCUCUUCCCAUUGGUUUUAUAACCGUUUCUCAAUCUUUUUUUAUUUUCACAGUUCUAUCAACUUGUGAGUGAUAUGAUGACUAUUUGCAGUACAGCUUCUGUAACUUUCCCGUUGCUGGAAAGUCUUGGUCUGAAACCAGGUAUGGCAUAAGAACUUUGGAAAUUCUAUCGUGUAGCAAGCUGGUUGGAAUAGAAUUAAAUAAACAGACAGUCUGGCAAGAUAUUGAGUUGGUAACUUAUAAGACUAAGUCGCGCGGUGGACAUACCAAUUGGGAGAUAUUAUAAGUUGCGUGGUAUGUUUUAAUACACACUAUGUUAUAUUACCGCUCGUGUGGUAUGUUGAAAUACAAACUAGGAUAUAUUCGCCGCUUGUGUGGUAUGUUGAAAUACAAACUAGGAUAUAUCAUCGCUCGUGUGGUAUGUUGAAAUACAAACUAGGAUAUAUCACUGCUCGUGUGGUAUGUUGAAAUACAAACUAGGAUAUAUCGCAGCUCGUGUGGUAUGUUGAAAUACAAACUAGGAUAUAUCUCCGCUCGUGUGGUAUGUUGAAAUACAAACUAGGAUAUAUCACAUAUAAUAAACUCUGUCUGUGUCACAUCUACAAUCACUAACAAUUACAAUCUAGUUAUGAUCUAUAUCAACAGAGGCGUUGUGGAACCAAGUGAAUAGUGACUAUACUAUAUUAAAGUUUAUUAUAUGCUAAAACACACGAUCACAAUAAUAUUCAUAAAUAGUUAAUACUUGAACUGAUCCCAAAAACACUCAUAAUAAAGCUUCGCGGUAACUUCUCCACUUGAUAAAGGUAUCACUAUACUAUGCCCAAAUCUUAUAACAUAAUAUUGACUUAAUAACCGCCAUCAUUUCGACUCCAUCUUUGUUCUUCUAUUAUUGGUUCGUCUUUUUCAAGUGCUCCUAUUCUAUAUAUAAUAAGUGAUCAUUCUCACAUUACUUAACUCCCUAUUAAAUCGUUAUCUUGUUUCUGUGACAUUAGCCAUGUUAACGUUAGAAUACAUGCUUGAGUUUAGGGGGAGUCUUCUAAGAGUAAGCUGUUCAAGUUAUGUUAAAAUAUGCCACGGAGGUAAGGAGAAUCCAUCUAUUUUCAAUACACGUCUUUGUUAACAGAGUCCAACGACACAGCAUCAGAUAUGUACUAUAAAAUAUUCCUGGCACUAUGGGUUGGAUCGGUGGCAACUGGCGACAAGAUAAAGGCAAUGUAUGCUGAGUACGUUGAGCUGAGCAAUGAAGCUGUGAGGAUCUUAGGUACUAAUAGCUCCCAUUUUGAUUUUACAUAUUAUUUCCCCCAUGCUCAAUCGCAAGGGUUAUAAACUCUUUUUAGCACUAUCCAGAUACUAACUCGAAGUAUUUGUUGUUUCUAAAAACUGUUUAAAGCACCGAGAUUUUUAAAUAAAACAUUUUUCUUUUUCAUAUGAAUUUUAAAUAGGUCACGCUGACACUGGUGCCUACUGGCGCUCCUGGUAUGAAACUCCAACCUUUGAGGAUGACGUCAGAGCAUUGUUUGACCAGCUCCGUCCACUGUAUGAACAGCUGCACGCCUACGCCAGGAGAAAACUCAAACAAAUCUACGGGAAUGACAAGUUUCCAUCCUCUGGUCACAUCCCAGCACAUCUUCUAGGUAAGUGGUAUAUAUGAUUACUGUAUCAGUUUAGUCAACGUCAGGUCACAUCCCAGCACAUCUUCUAAGGUAAGUGAUAUAUAUGAUCACUUUAUCAGUUUAGUCAACUUCUGGCAUAUCUUAUGUAACUGUACGACUUUCUACAUGCUGAUUUGAUAUUAAAUGAAAUCAAUUGAGACACGCAAAUGUAUCGAUAUAACGAAAAAGGCCAAAGGCUACCAUACUGAGAGGUUGUGUGUGAUUCUUCUAACUAAUAAUUUGUAAAAUAAGUGUGAGGGUCGAGAGCAGUGAUAAGUAGUCAAAAUAAGAAGUGAAAGUAUAUUUACAUAUUUAUCCUGUACUGUUGCUGAUAUUUUUGAAUAGAGCACAAAAUGCAGCCCGCCAAUACUCACUUGGCGGCCCGCGAAGUAACGAAAUAUUCUUUAUUACUAUUAUUUUCUUAGUAGCUUUUGUCCCUGUCCUGUUAUCUUGUGGCCCGCACAAGUUUUUCAUAAAGUAUUACUGCCCACCAUACAUUUUGAGUUGUGCAGGCCUGGUUUAAAUUAUUAUUUAUUAAGUGAAUACCGUUUCGCUUAAAUACAGUGGUGUCAAUUGGACUUGAUGAUUCAUAUUUUAUGACAAUUAUAUGUCAACAUUGGCAGUGACAGUUGAAUAAUACAUAGAUUUCGCUAACAUCUCUGUGUUCCCCACAAACAACAGGGUGAAUGGUUACACUUCUCAAAAUGAUGUAUUUGCUCUCUGUGGGUCAAACAUUUAGGUCAACGUCUGGCAUAUCUUCACGGAAAUUUAAUCGUUUACAUACAUUACAUCAACGAAACCAGGUUCAACUGAAUAAAUGCGUAUUAUAUCCUGAGUCACUCCAGGAAAUAAAAUAACACCAAUAAAACGUACGACUUAGCCUAGGCUUAACGGCCUGCCAUUGAUAUUUAUUUUAAAAAGGACUCCGCGAAUCAAAAAGGGUUGGGAAUCCCUGACGUUCGUACUUUUUCCACAUAAUAAUAAUGCAAGAACGUAGCGCAUAAUUAUACGUAUCAUAAUAUAGUUACGUCGCAUAUAACAUACCUCUAUUUAUACAUUAGCAACAUCGCACACAUAGAUAUCAAUAUCCGCAUCCAUUGUGCUGCCUUGACUUCUAAUUUCUCCCGUCAACUGUCCUUUAAUGUUUAAAUAAUCACCUAGCAAUGAAACCUUCCUUUUAUCUAGAUCCCUCCCUGCUUGUCUGAGAACUAUUAACGUAUGUCAAUAUGAUGUAUCAUAUUUUUUUUUAUAAACAUCCACGGUUACACAUUGUUCCAGUUAUCAAUUGUAUCAUAAAUCAUCUGGCCUCUAAAGAAAUUACUCCAUACUCGGACUUGGUCGUGUAGGUAGAGCGGAAGUUCUUAAGCUUGUUAAGUCAAACGUAAGUAGCCAAAGCCUGUAGAACGUGUCAGGACUUGUCAAUAGCCAUUAAUAAUUGAACUUUAUUCCAAUCAGGAAACUGGAUGAAGCAUCUAAAACUUUUGACCCCAUAUAAAGACAAACCUUCGCUCGACGUCACUUUUGAAUUGGGGAGACAGGUAAGUCUAUAAAGCUCGGCGUCACUUUUGAACUGGGGAGACAGGUAAGUCUAUAAAGCUCGGCGUCACUUUUGAACUGGGGAGACAGGUAAGUCUAUAAAGCUCGGCGUCACUUUUGAACUGGGGAGACAGGUAAGUCUAUAAAGCUCGGCGUCACUUUUGAACUGGGGAGACAGGUAAGUCUAUAAAGCUCGGCGUCACUUUUGAACUGGGGAGACAGGUAAGUCUAUAAAGCUCGGCGUCACUUUUGAACUGGGGAGACAGGUAAGUCUAUAAAGCUCGGCGUCAAUUAUAAAAUGGUGCUUCGGCGUAAAGGGCACUCAAGGUUCUAUUUUGUAUGAAUUUUAACCCCCCCCCCCCACUGAACCCCGCAACCCCCGAGGCAAAAUGUUCUCUUACCGUGGUACUUUAAAAUACAAUUUUAAGAAAUUUAAAUAACUUUUUUAAUUAAAAUGGUAAACGCCAAAGUAUUCAUUAUAUAUGUUACGGUCAAUUUGAUUAUUCAAGGCAGUUUUAAUAAUGCUUGGUCAUUAUCAAUAAUGACCGAUAAAAUACGGCAAUUUAAUAAUUUUGCAUUUGUCUACGACAAUCUAGGAUAAUUUAUUACAUUGCCCGGUCAUUAUAAAUACUGCUAUUAUUUCUCUGGUCACUUUAAUUAAUUGACAGCAAUUUGGCAACGUGCGUAUGGUGUAAUUAACAGUCUGUAGAAGAAGGUGCCUGCGUUGAAACCAACAUCAUCAAUAGUGGACAGCGUCUCAACCCGGUUGAUAAAUUUACUUACUUGGGCAGCACCCUCUCUAGAUCUGUCGUCAUGGAUGAUGAAAUGAAUGGCAUACUCGCAAAAGUCCCAUAUUUGGCAGGCUCCGCAGCAUUGUUUGGGACAGGAGAGGUAUCAGACGAGCAACGAAUAUCAAGGUCUAUAGCGUAGCAGUCCUCCCGACACUGCUCUACGGAUGUGAAACGUGGACAGUCUACCAGCGUCACGAAAAGAAACUGAAUCAUUUUCACACAACCUGCCUCAUGAAACUCCUCGGCAUCAGGUGGCAAGACAAAGUCCCCGACACCGAGGUCCUCUAUAGAGCGAACCUACCUAGUAUCUUCACCACUCUGAUGCAGUCUCAGCUCCGUUGGAUGGGACACGUAGCCCGUAUGGAAGACCACCGGCUCCCGAAACAGAUAUUCUUCGGAGAACUCACGAUAGGCAAGCGCUCCCAAGGAGGUCAAAAAAAUCUUUAAAAAGACUCACUGAAAGUGGCACUAAACCAUAAACCCUACUCAAUGUGUGCAUACAGCCCAGGACAGAGCCAGGUGGAGAGCUUCUGUCAAGAAGGGGGCUAAAUCUCAUGAAGCUAAUAGGAUAUCCACAGCUGAAACAUGCAGGCUUGCUCGAAAGAGCCACAUUAGGUCACCUUCUGAAGCAACUAUCCCCUGCCCGUGGUGCCAAAGAUUAUUCCGAGCACGGAUCGGUCUAAAACCUAACCUUUGGAUGACCCGAUGGUCUUAGUCGACUUCGACGGACGAACAACAACCAGAAGAAGGUGCACUGCAAAAUGAACCAGGGUCAAAUUCUUUAGCGGAGCUAGGUCCAAGUCAACACAACGAGGAACUAUCUUCUAUUGAUAGUUAUGUUCAACCUUCAACUUCGUUAACUGAACCAAGUUCUGAUUUCCAUAACAACGAAAGAGAAAUAAAUGUCUCCCAGCCAUCUGAUAUUCAAGCCUCCGGUCAUGAAAAACGCACGUAUGUAGGUUAUGAAGAUUCCUCAGAGGAUCCCAUUGUGAAAAAAACGACAUAUUAACAAUUGGGGAGAUUUCAGCAAGCAAUUUUUUUUUUAAAAAGCUGAAAAAUGCUUCAAACCACUAAUUCAAAAUACCCUGCCGUUAAAAAGGGUGACACAGUUAGAGUUCGAGUCCCAGAUGUCGACAUAAGUCGCACCGAUGGAAGAAUAUUUUGGCAUUGGUUCUUGAAAUAACAGAUGCAAGUAAGGGGGUUACAAUCCCGUGGAUGAUUUUAUUAAUUUUUUUUUUAAAUUCUGAGGUUGGGGGGGGGGGGGGGAAAUAGGAUAUUUUUUUUUUUUUCCCUUUUUUUUUUAUAUUGUGGGGGUGGGGGGGGGGGGUAAUACGAUACUUUCAUUUUUUUCCCAGCGCAGCACAAAGUACGCCUCAGAAGGAAUUUGAUAAAUAAUUUACCUUCUUAUGUACAUACAUAGGGUGUGUACAUUUUUACUUUGAUGACAAUAUAUUUAAAUCCAUUGAAAUUACAGUUGUGAAAAAUAGAUGGGAUACCGCGCUAUAUAAACCACUAACAAUAAAAAUAAUAAUAAUAAAAGCCAUGAAAAUGACUUAAAUUCUCUUUUAUUUCCUUUUAUGGGCUAAAUAUAAUUUCCGUAUAGGUUCCAAUACCAUUCAUCCGAUUGCGAUAAAACUUUGGUGUGCGCACACCCGCAAAGGUUUCUCAAUUAGGUGUGCGCACACCCGCAAAGGUUUCUCAAUUAGGUUGUCAAUUUUGAAAUAUUCCUUUUGGGGCCGGGGGCCCUAAAUUAUUCUUUUUUCUACUAGGAGCUAUAUCAAUAUAAUUUCAAAUAUUUCAUGGGUAGCUGGAAAUUAAUCUAAUACAAAUAGCGACAUUUCAGUUUGUAUGUGACAUAAUAAGUAGGUUUCUGAAAUAAAAGAACCAUUUUACAAUAUUCUUUUGGGGCCAUGGGGGGGGGGGGGCUUAAUUUUUUUAUAUUUUUGUUAUCAUGUGAGCUAUAUAAAUAUAAUUUCAAACAGGACUACUGCAUGGAUGGAUCAAUCGCUACAAGUGUGUGAACUAAGUUUUAAAAACCCAUGCUUCUCACGACUUAUGUGGCCUGUUCACGUGUCGAAAAAUCCUCUUAUUUAUUUGUGUACUCACCAGACGGCAAGAACAGAACAUAUUUUCUAUUUAAAAAUUUCUUCAAAAACGUAAUUAAAACACAAACAAUUUUAUUUCUUGAGUGGCAUUGCAACGCAUGCCUGAUUCUCGCGAGUUUAUUAAUAUUUACGAUGAUCUCAUUUUUUUAUAAAAAGAAUGUAAAUAUUGAUACUUUCCCCUUUUAAUUUUCGAUGAUUGCAGAAUUUAUGCGUGAACUAAUUUAAAAACAUCUAAAUCAUUCGGCUUAUGUUUCGGCCGAAAGACUCGUUAUGCUUUGGCUUCGUUCGAAAGUCUCGUUGUGUCUUUGGUUUCUGUUUCAACCGAAAUUCAUUUUUUUAACUUUUGGUCUGGUUUCGGUUUGGACAAAAUCAGACAAAUCACUUUCGAUUGGUCUCAACUUGAGAUAUUGUUAGCAGACAGUGAGGUAUUGAGUGAGUGGUAUUUGGCUUAUAUAAUAUAGAUAGAAAAUUACGCCCGUGUCUCACUACGGGGUGGGGGGCAUGGGGCUGUUGUUGAUUGAUGUUAACAAAUAAAGGACCCUUCACAUAUUAUAUAACGCGAAGGGGUAGAUGUGGAUAUCGUUUUGUUAUUCGGGGGUGGGGAUGGUACAAAAACGAUUUUAUAUUAAUUUAUUUUUUAUUUUAAGUAAUACCUACUUUUGCAAAAUAUCUAUUUUUCCACUUUACGAAAUUAGCAGAGUAUUAAAAAAAUAUAUAUAUUGUUUGCUUACAAUAAUUGGCACUUGUUUAAAAAAUUACGUCUUUAUGAUAGAAAUUUGUUGUUCUUUUUUGGCUCAUUUUUUUUACUUUUUCGGAGUUCUGGCCUUAGAAGGUGUUCAAUGUAAAAAAAACUAUUGUUUUUAAAUAUGUUUCGGACUUAAGUCAUUUCAGGUGACCUAAAAUCUGGAAUUUUUUUAUUUAAAAGAAAAAAAAAAAAAACUUUGCCAGUGCACGCCACGAGAAUGAGAUAUAUCUGAAAGGAAAACAUAAGCUACAUAAGGCUUGUUGUUCUUGAGAUUAGAUCAUGUGAUCAGUGAGUCGAUGAUAUUUCUCUUUUUACAUUAUAGAGAGAGACUCAGCUGGGAUUGAGGCUAAGUGUAUAGGUGUGAUAAAUCUAUGGCGAUUGUUUAAGAGAGAGGUUUACAGAGAUCACGGAAGUAGCUGGUGACACUAACUCUAAAUACGUAACCGCUUCCUACGCCAGCAGUAGAUAUUGAAAGAGGGAAUGUAGUUAUGCAAAGAGAUAAUCAGGAGGACAAAUCUAGAUUGGAAAUUGGGUGAAGUCGCAAUAACAAACUACGUGGACUUCAAUUUUAAUUCUUUCAGAACUACGGGGUAUUGGAUCUUUUCAAAACAGCAGACGAUUUCUUCAAGUCACUGGGGAUGAUACAAAUGCCCGAAUCCUUCUGGAAUAAAUCGCUUUUUGAAAAACCUACAGAUGGCCGCGAAGUUAUUUGUCACGCUUCCGCCUGGGACUUUGGUAACGGGAAAGACUUCAGGUAAUGAUUUAAUUAAGCUAAUUCUGAUCUUUCAUGGGGUUUCACAACGGAUACGAACAACGGAUACAAACAAAAAUGACAGAAACAACAUUAUUUAUAGUUUUUUAAAGUUUAUUCAAACAUAAUCAAAAUUUAGCUAGACAUUUGGGCAAUCUUUAAUCAAUGGAUUUUAAAUGCAAUGAUAAAUAGUAAAGGAAAUUAUUCAAUGUUUUUGGGGCGUCCUUAAUUACUUGGAAGCUUUGGAAAUUUAAGCCGACCUGACUUUCUACUGAUGAUACUAUGAAGAAUCUUCAUUAUUCUACCUAGAAUCAAGCAGUGCACGGAGGUCACGGCAGAGCAUUUGGACACCGUCCACCAUGAAAUGGGACACGUUGAAUACUAUCUUCAAUACAAAGACCAGCCCGUCAUUUUCAGAAGUGGGGCGAAUAAAGGUAUGUGUCAAGUUCCACUUUCAUACAAAUGAGUAACGGGGGUAUGGGUCAAGUUCCACUUUCAUACAAAUGAGUAAUGGGGGUAUGGGUCAAGUUCCACUUUCAUACAAAUGAGUAAUGAGGGUAUGGGUCAAGUGUAUGAUAGUGCGGAUGGAGUAUGUGAGUGCGAGUGGGGAGUUGAGUACGUAGGUGUGUGUGGGGUGGGGUUGUGGGUGAGGGGGUGUGAGUGGAAAGUGGCGUAUGUGUGUGGGGAGUGUGUAUGUGUUAGAUAUAUUUUUUAUUCAAUUAAGGUAUGUAUUUGAGUUAUUUAAAUUAUUUACUAAUGGAUUGGUCUAAAAUCCGUUUUUUGUUUGUUUUUUUUUUUGUUUUUUUUUUUUUUUGCUUUCAUCUGAAAAGGUUAAUGUAAAAUUUGGUUUAAAAUGUUUAAUCAAGUGCACAAACGACGAAAUGAGGCGAAAUUAUCGCCAUAUGUUUAAUGAGCUGCAUUAAGUAGUCGUGGAUCGUAUGGGGAUCUGUUAAUUACAGAUUUUGAGGUUUUGUAAAUGAAUUAUGUUUUAAGAUCUCGCUGGUUUUUCUCUAACAAAGAACUGAAAAGAGUAUACAAAUAAAACCGGUACCGAAGAUAAUUAUAUUAACAGUAUUCAAUUGAAUUGUUCUGGUUAAUUUAAAUAGAAAAGCAAAAUCAAAUAUACAGAAAUAAAAAAAAUACAUUAGAUUACAGCAAAGCAAAAAUUUUAAUCCUCGAAAGCUACAAAUAUAAAUAUACACACACAGAAAGAUUAGAAUAUUGUAAGGCUCCUAUAAUUAUAUUAAAUCUCGUAAGUUUCGUUUUUUAGAAAAAUCUCUUUCAGCUGGAAAAGCUGCAAGCAUAUUUAUAGGGAGGGAGUUAGAUCCCCCAGAAAAGAAAUUUUUGAAAUUGCAUCACACAAUAGCAUUCUUAAGAACAAAUUUGAACGUAGGCAGGCUUUUCCCAAUCAAGGGAAAGAUGGUUAAUGUUAGAUCGCUACAAAUUUAAUCAGUGACGUCAAUAUCAAGACCAAUGAGGAAAGGGGGGGGGGGUGAUGGGUGUAAGGAUGAAUGCCACGGCUUGUUUUUGUGUCAUUUAUUAUUAUUAUUAUUAUUAUUAUUAGUGGUGGUUGUAUAUAGCACGAUACCUCAGCCUAUGGCUGGGCUCACCACGUUGUACAUAUAAUUUAACAAACAUAAUCAUGACCUUAAAAAUUAACACAAACUAAAUUAAAUAAAACAAAACACUUGUAUAUUCAUUCCACCUACUCCAGAACUAUUUACGUGUCAAGCCGGGGACGACACCCAGCAGCAGCAUCGUUUAUCGGUCAUAGGGGGAAUCAGUCAUAAUUUAAACGUUUCUUCCUUUUUUUAAAAAAAAAUCAGGUUUCCAUGAAGCAGUUGGUGAUGUCAUAUCUUUGUCAGUGCAAACCCCAAAACACUUGCAUAGGAUUGGUCUCUUCCCUUGCGUUACAGAUGAUGAUGGUAGGUUAGUGCAAUAUUUAUAUUACAAAGACACUGGGUGGGGGAGGACAGGGGUCCUUAUGCAGGGUCCCUGCAGAAAAUCAGGUUUAUUUGCAUUUGUGUCAUAUUUUUUAUUAUUAUUUUUGCUGUGCAGGAAACGUUCUGAAAUCAAGAGUGGGUGCACCAAUUCAUAAAAAUUUAACAGCCCCUGAGUUUUGAUAUUUUGCUUACUCGUACGCAUGGGGAGAUUGGGUAGUUGUAUCAGCAUAAAGUGUGUGAACAUUUUUACCCUAGUUAAGCAAUAAUUAUUGUGCAAAUUCUGACAGUCCAUAAAUAGAUUCAGUAAAUCUCCAAAUUAGCCAAUCGUCGAUUUCAAAUCUGUGAAAUUCAUGAGUUUUAAUCAUUUUCAAAGGCUAUAAAUAUAUCCCCGUGAUGUUUCGUAAUUAUAUUCGUGUGUGUUUUUACCAAUGAACUAGCUAGAUAUCGCAAUAUUAAUAUUUACUUAAGUAAAAACUUUAGUAUACUGUACGCAAUUGUAUGUUUCCGUUCGUGUGUCGUAAUGCUUUACAUAAUAAUUCGUUCGGCUGAAAUAAAUCUGGCUGCGAACUUGAAAUGGGGAGAAAAGUGACAACAUUUUUAACAAUGCAUACAGAGGCUUAGGGUGGCUUAUUUUAAAUGUGCUUUGUCCCUGGUGAUCCUAAUUAUCUACAGCUCAUUUGAAUUUAGACUAGCGGGAGAAAAGCGCAUUUCUACUUUUGCAAGUCGGGGUGGGUCCAAACAUGUACACGUGUAAAGCGGGACGGGGUGUAUGUGCUUAACACCUGGAUAGCCCCUUAGUAUGACUUGGCAUGAGAUUUCUGGAAAUAAAGACACCAUAGGAUCCAUCAAUAUGAAGUGUCUUAUUUGCGGAGCGCGCCCCCCCCCCCCCAUUCCCGCAUCUAAAAAAUCGUUGACUGAUAGUAUAACACUAUAAAGUUGAUCACCUUGUAUUCAUUAGUAAAUCCUAUUCUUCAAGAUUAUCAUCAAUAUGAAGUGUCUUAUUUGCGGAGCCCGCCCCCCCCCCCCCAUUCCCGCAUCUAAAAAAUCGUUGACUGAUAGUAUAACACUAUAAAGUUGAUCACCUUGUAUUCAUUAGUAAAUCCUAUUCUUCAAGAUUAAAGUGUUUUUAUAAGUUGCGGAUUGGGGUUUUUUUUAAAGGCUUAACGAUUGGUGUCUUGGUCGUGCAGAGGAUUUAUGGGCCCCCAAGCUAAUCCAAAUUUUAGGCUCCCACAAAAUUCAAAAUAAUUGUAUCAGGCAUAUCUGUAUCCAAAAAAAAGUACGACCUCAAGUGUCCCAUGGGGCCAUGGCCCCCGGGUGAUUUAUUCGGUUGCCUCUGCACGACCCUGUUGCGAGUAUUAAAAAUGUGCCACGGGGACGCAAUUUUGGGAGUAACCCCGUGUGGCUUUUAAGCAAGGUACAGCACUCCAUGCUGGAAAGUUUUGGGUUAAGCACGACACAGCAUAGUAAAAAUCACAUGUACAUUUUGUAUGUUAGUUGUACCAUCCAAAUUAAGGCCAACUUUUAUUUUUCAAAAAUGCCUUUUAAAGAUAUUCAUAUAAUAAUAGCACAGGUAUAUAGCCACCUAUUUUUCUGUAUGGCUUUUCAUAAAGUGCACAGUGACAGCCAAACCAAAAAAAAAGGCUUUUUUUUUAAAUAUUCAACAGCGUUCAUAGAACAUAAGUGCCUUUACACCUCUUUCAUCAACUUUUUUUCAAAAAAUGUUCAAUAGAAUUUUAUAUCAACUUCCUGAUGCGAAUGGCUCUGAAGCUGGUCGCUGGCCUUCCUUUCACAUACAUUAUUGACAAAUGGCGUUGGAGCGUAUUUAGAGGAGAUACUACGCCUGAUAGAUACAAUGAUGAAUGGUGGAACUUGAGGUAUAUAUACAAAAUUAUCCUUAUCAAUAUCUUACCUUUGGCCUUACGCUUAGCGUGGGGUUAUGAGAUAUCUAUUUUUCAUUAUGUAGUUUUAAUUGAUUAGUAUAAUACCCUUUACACACAAUAUAAAGUUGAUAGUUCUAAAUUUGAGCAUAAAGAAUCAUUUAAAAUGUUUUAAUAUAUACCAGGUCAAGCAGAGCCAUCGCUUGACAUUUCGAGGCCGCCUGCACUAUUCGGAUACGUCCCCCCCCCCUCACCUUCUUUCAGAGUUGAUAGUUGAAAAGUGUUCACUUCAAAAACAAUAGCGCCUAAAGUACCCCAAGCCACCUGAGGUCUUAAGGGUUGCGUGGCCCAUACGAUUGCUCUGAGCUUAAGUGAAACUUAAAACAGGCCCAGACGAUGGCUCUGAGGUUAAGUGACACUUAAAACAGGCCCAGACGAUGGCUCUGAGGUUAAGUCAAACUUAAAACAGGCCCAGACGAUGGCUCUGAGUUUAAGUGACACUUAAAACAGGCCCAGCGAUGGCUCUGAGGUUAAGUCAAACUUAAAACAGGCCCAGACGAUGGCUCUGAGGUUAAGUGAAACUUAAAACAGGCCUAGCGAUGGCACUGAGGUUAAGUGACACUUAAAACAGGCCCAGACGAUGGCUCUGAGGUUAAGUGAAACUUAAAACAGGCCCAGACGAUGGCUCUGAGGUUAAGUGACACUUAAAACAGACCCAACGAUGGCUCUGAGGUUAAGUGAAACUUAAAAGAGGCACACACGAUAGCUCUGAGGUUAGGUGACACUUAAAGCAGACCCAGCGAUGGCUCUGAGGUUAAGUGAAACUUAAAACAGGCCCAGCGAUGGCUCUGAGGUUAAGUGAAACUUAAAACAGGCCCAGCGAUGGCUCUGAGGUUAAGUGAAACUUAAAACAGGCCCAGCGAUGGCUCUGAGGUUAAGUGAAACUUAAAACAGGCCCAGCGAUGGCUCUGAGGUUAAGUGAAACUUAAAACAGGCCCAGCGAUGGCUCUGAGGUUAAGUGAAACUUAAAACAGGCCCAGCGAUGGCUCUGAGGUUAAGUGAAACUUAAAACAGGCCCAGCGAUGGCUCUGAGGUUAAGUGAAACUUAAAACAGGCCCAGCGAUGGCUCUGAGGUUAAGUGAAACUUAAAACAGGCCCAGCGAUGGCUCUGAGGUUAAGUGAAACUUAAAACAGGCCCAGCGAUGGCUCUGAGGUUAAGUGAAACUUAAAACAGGCCCAGCGAUGGCUCUGAGGUUAAGUGAAACUUAAAACAGGCCCAGCGAUGGCUCUGAGGUUAAGUGAAACUUAAAACAGGCCCAGCGAUGGCUCUGAGGUUAAGUGAAACUUAAAACAGGCCCAGCGAUGGCUCUGAGGUUAAGUGAAACUUAAAACAGGCCCACCGAUGGCUCUGAGGUUAAGUGAAACUUAAAACAGGCCCAGACGAUGGCUCUGAGGUUAAGUGACACUUAAAACAGGACCAGCGAUGGCUCUGAGGUUAAGUGAAACUUAAAAGAGGCACACACGAUGGCUCUGAGGUUAAGUGAUACUUAAAACAGGCCCAGGCGAUGGCUCUGAGGUUAAGUGAAACUUAAAAGAGGCCCACACGAUGGCUCUGAGGUUAAGUGACACUUAAAACAGGCCCAGGCGAUGGCUCUGAGGUUAAGUGAUACUUAAAACAGGCCCAGACGAUGGCUCUGAGAUUAAGUGACACUUAAAACAAGCCGACUCGAUGGCUCUGAGGUUAAGUGACUCUUAACUCUGCUCGGUCUGUUUUCAUUUGAUGUUGCUGCUGAGUUGCUUUAUAUAAAAGCUAGCAGCUUACUUUAAUACAAACUCAGUUUUUGUUUUGCUCCCUCGUAAAAUUCCCGUGUCUAUUUGACCGUCAUCCCGUCUCGUCAUAUAAGGAAAGACUUGAUGCUCUCGUCAGAAGAUCGUAGCAGCUUAAAUUUGAGCGUUUUGAGCGGCAAUAAGUGAACAUUUCAUCUAUUGGACGUUCCUUGGCAAAGUUUAGGAUUACAGAAUUGACGGUAGAUAUUAGAUGGUCAACAGAAGUGAGGAUUAGCAUGCGUUUUAACAAAACUUACUUUGUGGCUAAUCUUUCUAAUUAGCAUGGCUGUUUUUCUGUCUCUCAUUUGGUAUAGAAUUAGGAUAUUUGCAUUUUGUGGCAUUUGAUAUAUUCUCGGAGUCCAGUGCACAAGUCGCCUUCUAUAACUCACAGCAUUUAUUUCUCUUAUCGCUUGGCCUUCAUUAGGUGACCUGUGUAAGUCACCAGUCACCUUAGAGCCAACGAAGUCUCACUUUGGGAAAUAAACCAUGCUCAAGAAUCCGUUGUAGAACUUGCUCCUAUAAACUUGAAACCAAAAACAUGAGCCUUCUUAAGGGUGCUUUUAUCCCCGAACACGGCUUCACAUAUGUGUUAGUCGAAAUGUGAUUUCUACAAAUGUGUGCCAUCUAUGACGCUCAUAUUAUAUAAGCGAAACUGGAAUACGAUAUUAUUGGAUAUGUUCUCUGAACAUCUUCGUGACUUUGAAAAGGGUACAUUUUCCCUGAUUUCAUCCAAUUUAAACGGAGAUAAACACACAGGCAGAUUAGAUGUUUCCAUCACGACAUUGAUUUGAUGCACUAACACACCAGCAAGAGUUAGAGGAGAAAAAAAAUUAUUUCAGAUUUUUUGCACAAUAUCAACAUAUGGAAUCAAUCAAAUACUCUCCUAAUAGUUAUCCUCCAUUCCCAGUAUUUAUUUUAUUAUAUUAUACACAGUUUCUUACUAUUUGUGUCUGUUAAUAAAAAAAAAUCACAGUACUGAUAUUUAAAUUAUGUUACUUCAUUUAAUCUUCGUUUUGGAAAGGCCAAUUCCGGCAAUACCAAAAUAGUGAUCACUUAAAUUUUUAAACUAUUUUAUAUUUCUUGAUGUUUCUCCAUUGGAUCUGUCUGCUGAGGAAGGCUCUUAGCCGAAACGUCGUUCUUUCAUUUUUCCUGUCUUUCUGUUUCAAUCUUCCACAUACCUUGUUCCUCAAUUUCCUUGACACAGCUUGAACGCAGUUCUUCAUUUAUUGAUCUUUAUUAGGAAGUUCUUAUCGGGGUCUUUUGUGUGUCACUCCAACGUCCCACUUUUUCUCUGCGCAAGAUACACUUUUGCGCUUUAGAAAUUAUGGUUUCCUCAUCCUUGAAUUGAAAAUAAAUAGCCAAAUUUUUAAUAUCAUAACAUCGAAAGAAUUUUGAAAAUUGAAUAAACUAUUAAAAAUAUUUAAAACUUUGCCUUAACUAAAUCCCAAAUGACUAUGCUGAAAUGUCCAUAAAUAUAAAGUGGUAGCAAAUUUUCCCAUUUCAAUUUCAGGUACGGUUAAAAGGAAUGCCCUGCUUAAACAAUAUGUUAACUCAAAUAUUUAGGUUAGUUCUUAAAAUUCUAAUAUCACAUAUGGUUGUUUCUAUCAAUUAUAAUUGUACAUUUAUUAUAAAAUGAACAGAUUUGUUACAGCAGAUUUAAAGAAUACCAUUUCCGUUUAAAAAAAAUCUAAAAAAUGACGCCUUUACGUUGCUUUGAAAAUCCCAUUGGACGCAGCUAUUUGGAAUUUUAUUUUUUACUUAUCCUUACAAGAUGAAUAAUUUUAUAAUAAAUCACAUCAAAUACACAAACUAAUUAAGAUUUCAUGCGGAUUUUAUUUCAACCCUACCUUUCGUGACAUAGCUACCUUGUGAGGCCUUCCUUCUCUACCGAUAACCUAAUAUGUGUCUUGAUGUUUGUCACAGUAAUGUCAGCGGCCAUUUUUGUGCCCCCCCCCAGCCCCCAUAGCAGUGCACCCAUGGCUGCGGCCUUAUUCCCCCAGCCACUCAAGCCAUGAGUUUAGUAAUAAUGUGAAGCUUUCAAGACAUCAGUGUUGUGUUAACUUUCCAUGGGGGUGGGGAAGAAAAUACCGAUUUUCGAUACAUAUUCUGGUAACCCUUCUGUCCAUGUAGCUCAUUUUAUUGGAGCAAUCUUUGCAGCUGGUUGCUGUUUUUUUUCAGAAGCCUAGAGCUUUGCUUCAGACUAUCAAUAAGAUAAACAAUUUUAGAUGAUAACCAAAUUAUUGAAUAUACAUAAAGAUAUCUGAAAUGUAUUGCAAAGGAUAUCGAUGAAGCUAGUACCUAAUACCCUUGAACUGACCCUAAGACCAACACAGAAGGGAUUGAUACUGACCCUAAGACCAACACAGAAGGGAUUGAUACUGACCCUAAGACCAACACAGAAGGGAUUGAUACUGACCCUAAGACCAACACAAAACGAAAUAUUUAACAUAAAAUAUCAUGAUAUCUACACACCUGUUUCCAGGGGCAUGUACGAAGGAGUGUCUCAACCAGUAUCUCGAGACUCCUCUGCUUUUGAUCCCGGGUCAGUAUUCCAUGUUGCAGCCGAUGUGCCAUACGUCAGGUAAUUUAUAUUGAUAAGACAUACGUGCAAACUUUUAAAUUUAGGACUAAAUAGAACUUAACAGAACAAAACAAAAACAAUAAUUCUAAUUACCGUAUAUACUCGCAUAUAAGCCGAAUUUAGAACUAUAAAAUACAAUACUGAAAUCAAGGAGUCGGCUUAUAUGCGCAUAAAACAAAAUGGACACAAGGACAGUCACGAAUGCCAAUUUUCCAGCCACACAUUUUCAUCGCUAUCUGACUCUUUAUUUGGUUGUGUGUACAGAGUAAUAAUAAUAAUAUAUAUAUAUAUAUAUAUAUAUAUAUAUAUAUAUAUAUAUACAGACAGAGGUGUCACUUCAAAGAAUUUAUGAGCGUAAGCCCAGAUAUUAUUAUAGCAAACAAUGUGGAAAGAGCAAAACACGUUUUUGUGUCAUUCCAAAAGGUAAACAAACUGGUAUGUGACAUAAAAGUAAGCAUUUUACAUCUUUAAAGUAAAAUUACAUCUUUGGAGUAAAAUGAGACAAUUGUGUGGUCGGCUUAUAUGCGGGUUUUUUUUUUGCAAAACUGGCCAUUUUAAAGCAGUUUUAAGGGGUCGGCUUAUAUGCGAAGUAGGCUUAUAUGCGAGUAUAUACGGUAACUGUAAGAUAUGAAAUGUCCAUUCAGGUAUUUUGUUAGCAAAAUCAUCCAGUUCCAGUUCCAUAAAGCCCUAUGUGAAAAGGCCGGCCACAUAGGUCCACUUCACAAAUGUGAUAUCUACAACAGCAAGGAAGCUGGGACUUUGCUAAGGUAUUGUGGAUGACAUUUUUGUCUGUAAUAGGCCCUAACUAUCUCUAAAUAUCUCACUAUUGGUUUGUGUGUUAAUGGACAUGUUUGACGGCUUUAUAUAAAAAAUAUUUAAAAAACUGCUGGACCUAGAGAGCUGAAAGCUCCCACAUCUUUUCUCUUUUAUCCUAGAAGCUAGGCCAAUUUUAUCCGACCUCGGGUUGGUCCUUGUUGGCCGAAAAUCCAGAAUUUGUUCCCCUUAUAUGAGCUACACAAAUGAAAGAGUGUCAUGAUUUUUGCGCUGCGUGUAGGUCGGUCAUGAAGGUUCAAUUAAUGUUUUUAUUUGAGCUAAAAAAUGAACGUCUUUCCUAUGCGUAAGAUAGAUUUGCUAAUUACAAGAGAACAUUGUGUUAGGUGUUAAUUUACACAGAAACUUUUCAAAUCAUCUCUGCAUAAAUAGGAGCCAUAAUGAUCAAUACAUUAAUCGUGGGCCCUUAAUAUGUAGAAGAAAAAGCAAAAGAUAACGUUUCAUUGUUGAAUUAUCAUUUCUUGACGCAGAGGCGUUGCGAGGGGGGGGGCAGGUGGGGGACAGAUGUCCCCGGGUGCCAGCUAGUUAGGGGCGCAAAAAUGUGCUUUGAUAUUAUCUUAUGGAAGGAAAUAAUGGGUUUGAGAGUUGAAAAAAAAAAAGAAAAAGGGGCGCUUUAAAAUGGAUCUUGUCCCUGGGCGCGAAUCUCGUCCCCGGGCGCCAAACACCCUCGCUACGCCUCUGCCUUGACCAAAUGUGGGUAACAUUUGUUCCACACACAAAACAUGUCUAGUGAAUUAAAAGUAAAAUUCGCCAUAAUAAUAUAAAUCCUUAAUCACUACUAUUAAAAUUAAAUAAAAUUAAUUGAAGGCGCAAACUGUUUAACCAUAAUUUAACUAAACUUAAAUUUGAAAUUUGACAUUCUUUUUCUUUUUAAAAAAAAAACGUAAUUUUAGUUAAAACUUUUAGAAGUAAUCGUGUACACUUUCCUCAAGACACAGCUCAACGCUGACUCUAAAUAUGCCCAUCAACAAUAAAAUCGAAAUGUGUAUUUUGUCUUGACGAGCCCGUUUCUUUGAUAAUGCUGAUUCACAGGGUGAAAUUGAAGUCAACAUUGAACAUAAUUUCGAAAGGUCCAGUUUCAAUGUUUCAAGAAUCUUUUAAGUCAGAGUGGUUUUCCAAAUUCGUAAUCUGUAUCUGCUUUAACCCCCAUCAGCCGUAAGCAGUGCCUCUUUUAACCGUUUAAUUAUUUUUUUUGCAAUAGAAUGUAAUUAAAUUAAUUAUCAUAAAAAUUGUGCAAUCCAUAGAUUUUGUAUUAUCUUCAUUCAAAUGAAAUGACUAAUCAUGUAUAAUAGCAUACUAGAAACAGCAAAGGCAGUUGUUCUAUAGUAUGCUAGAUUACAAUAACUUUUAACACUGGAGUGGAGGGGGGGAGCGCCCAAACUGAUUAACAAUUUUUAAAUAUUUUAUCCAGGAUAUUUAUGAAGAGGUUUAUGAGAGGGCCUCCCUUCAAACGAUAAUUUGUAUACCUUAUGGAUCGGGACUUUUUAAUGGGGCCUCUCAAAUUUUUCACAAAUUUUAAAUUUACCUUGAAUCUUUACUUAAUGGCUUUUGAUAAGCUGUGAUUUAAAAUUUGGGCACCUCAUCGAACGAUUUGGAGCUGAUAAUAUAUAUAUAUUAGCUUAACAAUUAACAUGAAGUAACUAACUAUGUAAAUGUAGGUCAACAUUUAGAUAACACAUUAAAUGGCAUUUUCUUACUGGGUUCAAACCGGGACCUCGUAACCGGUAACAAACUUGAAAAUUUUUCACGAAUAAAGGAUUUUCGAUAGGGUGAAAAACUUAAUAGCAACUUGUGGAACGUACACUUCAUCUGAGUCACUCAAACAAUUUUCAGCUUUUUAAGCUUGAAUGUUAAUUUAAAAGAUUGUGAUACGUUCCAAACCAAUUGAAAAAUUUCAUGAAUAGUUAUAUAGUUAUAGUACCGUCCCCUGACAGCAGUGGCGUGGCUAGGGUUGGUGUCACCCGGUGCGGUAAACUCAUGGUGUCACACCCCCACCCACCCCCCGGUCCUCCCCGACUUCCACGAUGGAUUUCUUCUUGUUAAAAUAAGUCCACAUUAUAACAAUGACAAGAACAGAAACAAAUUUAUUGAGGGUCAGGAUGUAAAUGCAUUAAAGAAAUGUAACAUGACCUUUAAAUCUCGCGUCCAAAUCGUAUUUGGUAUCAAAUCUUUUUGUCACUUAAGAAAGUUACCUAAAACUCCAAUCCGCGUUGAAGCAUAGUCAAAAAGUUUUUUUGUUGUUUUUUUCUGACCUACUUAUAGGGUCACUUCAUUUCUGACGCAUCAACCUUGAACUUUUAAUACAGCACGAAUGUGGAUUGGUUACAUGUGUGAAAAUUUUAUAUUUCAUCCGUUAUCCUUUUAUGAGAUUCGGUUUUAUCGAGCAGUGUAUUCUAUGUAAGUAUGCAAUUUUUCAUUUUGAUGUUAAUGGUCCCCCCGGGCCGAAACCCCCCCCCCCCCGCACCCCCUAGCUAAGCCACUGCCUGCCAGCGUCUCUAAAUUGAAUUACAAGUAACAAAGUGGUCUGUCAAUCGAUUUAAAACUGUUAAUGUUACCUUGAAUAUUUAUCUACAGUAUUUAGUUACGCCAUUCCUUGACAAGAAAAGAGAUAAAAUAUAAGCGAGUGCGUUCAAGCCGAGUGGAAGAAACAGUUGGAGUAGAUAGUUAUGAUGUAAAACGUUCUUUUGUGGAAGAAACAGUUGGAGUAGAUAGUUAUGAUGUAAAACGUUCUUUUGUGGAAGAAACAGUUGGAGUAGAUAACUAUGAUGUAAAACGUUCUUUUGAGGCUGGGGCACCAGGAUAAUAAUGAAAAAGGCAAUACCACCGGAUCUAAUAAAAUACUUUCAUGAUACAACUUUUAAAGGUUAAGGGCCUCCUUUACGUUAAAACUGUUGCACUUAAUGGACAAGUUUCCUCAAUUGAUUUACAGUUGUUGAGCUUUUUAUAACCAUCCCCACUCCUUGACACCAUAUGGCCCGGUCUGUUUUGUUAGACCUGUGCCAAUGUCAUCCAGGCAAAGCGGGGCAUAUCCACUAGUGAAUAAAUGUCCAAUUUAUGAAUUGCGUUAUUUGUGGAAUUAAUGUUAAGUAGAAAGUUCUCUAUUUGUUGAUUGACACUGUUUACAGUGGGAUCGUAACGGGUCAUUGGUAAUAAUUAUGUACAAUAUUUGUUGUAAAAAAAACUUUAACGCAUUGAAUUUGUUUUUGUUUUUUUUUCAAAACCCAGCGAAAUGCUAAAACUAGGCUCCUCGAAGCCCUGGCCGGAAGCCAUGUAUGUACUCACAGGACAAUACAAAAUGGACGCCCGGCCUCUCAUGGACUACUUCGAACCUUUACUGAAGUAUUUACGACAAGAGAAUGGCAAUGACUACGGCUGGCAUCCACAUUAUGCUACUUCGAGCCAGGAAUCGGUUUCCCGCCAAAAUAAAGCGCUGCUAACAUUUGUUCUUACGACUGUGACGACAGCGCUCCUAUCUUCCUGUGUUUUUUAGAACAUCGUAAACCCAGCAUUCUGUCCAACAUGAUUGGUGGAAAUGACUCUUCCCGUUACUUCUCUCUUAUUGGUCCUCUCUAAACGCCCACACCGACAAUUAAGAGCAAUAAAAUGCAAUGGUUUGGCAUUUAACGUAGACAACAUUAAACAAGUCAGUGAGUUGUCAGGGUUUCGUGUUUUACGUCAAAUGCUACGUAUCUACGAUCUGAAGUUCAUGUGUGGGCAGAAUCCACUGUGCCUUUAGGAACACUCUCCUUUCUCCUUUGAUUUCUUCUGCUCCAAACAGACUGGAAGCUCUUGUGUCUAAAUAGGAACCUCCGAUUUCCUUCAAACUAAAACCCAAAAAUAAGGUUAUGUUCAGUGUUAAGAUUUUGAGUCUUUUUUAUUACCUGGUAUACAAUUAGAUUUUUAAAUACUGGUUUGUUUUUUUUUUACAUGUAUCAGUUAUUGUACGCAGCCUAUUUAUUUAAUGGCUAUUUUUCUUUCAUACUUUGACAAUUCUGUUUUUACUCUCUUUCAAUGUAAAAAGUUGUUUGCCUGUUUUAAUGCUAUUCAUUAAUAAUGUAUCUUGAUUCCAGAAGAUGAUUUUAAGAAAGGCAAAUUACAAUUAGAUCAACUUCUAUUCCAAAGGUAAUAAUUUGAGUUUUAAUAUCUGUAGGCAUAACACAACAAAAAGUUUCCCCAAAAGGAACAGUUUUUUUUAAAGGAUCUACCAGAUUCUCAUUCAGUUUUCUCAAAACCUGUUUUAAUAAAAGGAAAAUACAAAUAGCACAAUAGGAGCACCCUCUUGAAUAUUGGAAGAAAGAUGUAUAUAAAUUUAUACGCAUGUAAUUUUGUUUUAAUGUAGGUCUAACUUUUUCUAUUAACAAAAUGAUGGCAAAAAUAAUUUUUAGAAUAUAUCAAGUCGGUAUAACCCAGUAAAGUUGUGAUUGAUCACUUGUUUCUUAAUUAUUUGCAAAAUUAGGGAAUGACUUCAAACACCAAAGUUCAGCCAAAUAAAAUCUUUUUUUUUUUAAUUUCCAUUUAUUCUUAUCACUAGGAAGUAAACCUAUGCCUAGAUGCUAAUUUUUCAAAGACUAGAAAUAAAAUAAGAACAUAUCAGAAAAGACUUAAAAGAGGUCACUUCAGUACAUCAAAUAGCAUUUUUAUAAAAAGUUAUGUUUCUUGGUUGAUCUGACAUCAUUUGAUCCCUUGAGGUUGAAACAUGCAAAUCAUAUAGUACAAAACGUAAAAAUAUGUAAAAUAAACAUUAUAUGUUGAUUUAUUAUUUGGAUGUGACCAUGUUUUUACAAUAAAUAAAACAUUUGUCCUUGAAA